GACUGCAAACAUAGUAAGUGGCCUUAUGAUUGAACCACUGUUGAUCCGUCUAGUUCAGCCUUGUCUACCAGUGUUAGAAACUCAGAUGUAUAAACUAGGCACCAAACGGCUUCUUAAAUCAAGGCUAUACUUGCCAAAAUGGAAUUUCUAGUUGCCAUUUUUGGGUAAGAUGGCUCUAAAGUCUUAUUUUUCAAAGGAUCGACUGACUUACCAGUUAAACAUCUGGCUAGGUGAAGAGCUUUGAGAACUUAAUAGAAGAAAAAAAUCACUUGAUCCAGGGACAGCCCACCUAUAUAUUGGGCUCUUUUUCUUAAUGGUGACACGGGCCAUUCAUAGCGUAGGAAUAUUCUUCACAACCGUGAGCAGGGCAGCCGGGUGGGGUAAGUGAAGACAAGCAACAACAACAACAACUUGCUAUUUAUACCCCGCCCAUCUGGCUGGGUUUCCCCAGCCGCUCUGGGCGGCUUCCAACAAAAGAUUAAAAAUACAUUAAAACAUCAAUCAUUAAAAACUUCCCUAAACCAGGGCUCCCUUCAGAUGUCUUCUAAACAUCAGAUAGUUGUUUAUUUCUUUGACAUCUGAUGGGAGGGCGUUCCACAGGGUGGGUGCCACUACCGAGAAGGAGAAUGUUGUUCACUCUUCCUGCUCAGGCUGCACAGAGAAAGCAUUUUGGUUCCUGAAAUUCGUUCUGCGUGUGCAGAUAAAAUAUAAUGGAUAGAAUUCUACAGGACAGGGUGUUAGUGUAUACAAACAGUCCAGAUCCAAGGAUCCGCAGGCAUGCACCUCCAGAUGGUGGAGAUGUCAGGCACCAUCCUGGCACCCAGGCAUCUUCACUUGGUCACAAGUGGCCGAGAGGUGCAUAAUGCGCCUGGCUAAUUUCAAACGCUGUUGUCUACACCAGGGGAAACCAAUGUUGUGCCCUCCAUAUCCUAUUGAAUUAUGACAUCUCUGGUCAUCAGCUAGUGGGAGUUUUGACCCAGCAACAUCUCUGGGGUGCCCUAUUGGCAAUUCCUGGUCUACAACAGCAGCUCUCUGGGGAAUCAGGGCGAAGACUUUCCCUGUUGUACUUGGAGGUAUCAGGGAAUGGACAUGUGAUUGAGCCUGUGCUCUCCCACUGAGCUGUGAUUCGUCACAUGAUCACUGGCCACAGAUGCGGCUCAUGAUCUCUAACAUUUCAACGGGUGAAAGCUUACGGUGCUGUGACCAAUGGCUCUCCUGUUAUUCUCAAACCCCCAAACCACCAGCUGAUUUAGCCAUCUCCACUGUUUACAAAUUAUUCUUCUUAAUUUGCUUUACAUGCCCUUCACCCUAAGGUUUCGGGGCAGGUUACAACAUUAAAACACAAUGUUAAAUGCAGUUUAACGCAACCUAACAGUCACAAAAUAAGCGGGUCCUAAAAAUACACACCUCAAGUGUCAAAAGCUGCAAUUACUAUCAUUGUACUUCCUUCCUUGCUCGCUCGCUCUUUCUCUCUCUCUCUCUCUCUCUCUGUGUGUGUGUGUGUUGGUGUUGUGGUUUUUGUCUGCAAUAUCCUGGCCUGCAGUGGCUUUAUGAAGGAGGCCGGCUUAGUAAACUGACCACAGUAGUUUAGUUUUAAAUGACUUGGGGGCGUUUAAUCUCUCCCGGGAUCUGGUUUUGCUUAUUAUAGAGUAGCUGAAACUCAAAAGCAUUUAGAAGGUGGUUAUUGCCAGGGGCGGGUUGGUGGGAGAAGCGUUGAUGAACGGGUGGUUUAUCAGUCAUUAAAUGCAUUCGAGUUUGUCACUAUAGUAACUUUAUAGAAAACUUCAACUCGGAUUUCAGAUUUGCGCUUUGCAGUGCAAGCAAGUCAAUGCAUACAUUAAGGAAACGGGAAUUUUCUGUGCUGCACAUUUUAUACCAAAGAACAGCCACGUUUAACACAGUUGGGGGGAAGCAUCCCUGCAGGCAGAGCCUUAAGCAAGGGGGGGCAGUCUUGGUGAUUUGUAAGUUGUUGGGAAAUUUUAUUUUACUUUAAGAUACAGCCUGCCCAUUGUACAGGAUGAGCCUCCGUGUUUUCGACUGCAGAAUAUCAGAUUGCAGAGUAGGUGUCUUUUGUUUCGUUUUGUAAAUGUCACCCACACCAGAAUCUCCCUCCGCACGCUUUAAACUUGCAAGUGGAAGAGGAAACUUCACAAACCCUUUCUCUCUGCACUGUGGUUUUAUUCCAUAAAAAUUAUGCAUCACUUGAUUGUAAAAACAAAACCCAAACAAACUUCAAAGCAGUUAACAAAAGGGUAUUAAAAUCGAGGAAAAACUCAGUCGUAUUUUAAAACACGCAAAAGUUUUAAAAUACUAAAGCAAAUUAAAAUUACUUCAGCUUUCCAAACAUCUUUAGGUUUGCCUAAACUAGGGCCUCCGUACGUCCUGACAUUACCGGGAUUUCAAAGGUGAAAUUGACGUCUGGGGACUUCCGGGUUAGCGCCAUCGCCGAAUGGCGGACUCCCUCCGAGCUCCGGAGGGAGUCUGCUCGGCAGGGGCUGGGUCCUACCGCGCCGGCGACGCGGGGACCCUUAAAACCCACGGGCACGGAGUCUGUGGACAUGGGUGACUCGGCUUGCACCAUUAGCGCCUCCCGACUCGUGAAGGAGCCUUUUAAAGGCUUCGGAUCGGGUGCCGGGAGUGGCGUGGUGCUUUGAGUCCACUGCUUUCCUGCCGAGCGCAGCCGCAUGCCAUUCGACGGAGAGCGCUGACUUCUUCUAUUGAAAAUUUGACUAUUAACAACAACCCGUGAGUAAUUGGGAAACCGGGUUCAAAAUUUUGGAUUUGGCACGAGCGGGGGCGAUUUAAAAGGAAGUCAAUCCCCCUAUUGUAAGCAUUCCAAAACAAGGACUGGGUAACCAAGGUCCAAAGGGAAGUAUGUCUCUGAUAAAAAUCAUUAAUUUCACGAUGGGAAAUUAUAAGAAAUGUGCUGGAGGAGAAGAGUGGAGGGUGAGAAGAAAAUGCAACCCCCCCCCUGGGAACCGGGGCGAUUCGUGGAGCCUGGUGAAGAGAGACGGAGACUUUGACAGCUGUCAAAGUGGCUGUCAAAGCUGGAGAAUAUAAAGAGGACUUUAUGAGGACCUUGCUGGUUAAUUUUGUUACAAUUUGCUAUAAUAUGGAUAUAAACUGUUGGAAAAUAAGCAACAAUUUGACUUUUGGAUUAGAGGAUACAAAGUUAUUACAAUCCCCUAGAGGGGUUUCGGGAUACUACAAGAACGGUCGUAAGUGGAAAAAUACCCUGGGAUUCGCACAGGAUUUGUUAUCUUCUGGGAAAGCUGCAAAACUGAAAGAGUAUUUUGUCUACAGAGGAAGACAAUGGAAUUUUUUAUUGAAGAAAGAAAGGGACUGGACGUAAGUUUUUGUUCCUGAAUAACAAACCUCUGCAGAGACACUAGAUUUCUGAAUUAGAAAGUUUUAGCAGCUGAACAGGACAAGAAACCUGAGAAAGUGAGGAAUAAGAAGAAUAAAGGACUGAUUACGACACGGAAAGAACAACGGGAGGAGUGGUAAAGAUCAAGGAAAUUAAAGGCCUUUGUUAGAUUGGACAUUUGAAGUCAAAUAUUAUUUAAAUUAAUAAACUAAAAGAAAACCGGCAAGAUGGAAUCGGGGAGAAAUCUGGUCAUGAAAUGAGACUUCCAAGCUGAUAAUGUAUAGACUGAUGGACAUGGGGAAUUCAAACCGGGGUACUGGGGGGGAGAUUUGAAAUCCAAAGGCUGUGUAACCAUUUUUUGAAUUUUUCUAUAUCUCUUAUUUUCUAUUUCUUUACAUAACUUACGCAUGUUAUUUUACUUUGAUCGGACGUGUUUAAAAAAAAGGGAAUUUGUGGAAGGAACUGGGGUGGAUCUUGGGGAAAAUCUUUUUUCUUUCUGUUAAUGAUGUGGGACGGUGGUAAGAUUUGUACAAUUCACUCUGGAUAGUGGGUUAAACAAAUUAAGCUUUAAAUUGGGAGUGAGAGCUUGUAGAACCAAAUUAAGGAAAGGGGAAUACAAUUGGGGGAGGGGGAGUCCCAGAAAGUAGGGAAUGAAAGUAAGGUUUUUAAAUAUCUUCUUUCUUCUGUCUUUUUUCUUCGUAUUUUUAUUUUUUUGGAAACUUUAAUAAAUAUGAUUUAAAAAAAAAAAGAAAUUGACGUCUGGGGGGGAUUUGUCCUGGACCUUAGACAAGUCAACAGAAAAAUCCCGGGUUUUUUGGUGGUUUUGUAAAAAAAAGAAGCUGAACAAAUUUGAAGUUUUCCUUUAAAAAAAGAAGAAGAAGCUCAACAAUUUUUGGGGUUUCCUAAAAAAAAAAAAGCUCAAUCAUUUCGGGGUAUUCCUAAGCUCAAUUUUUUGAGGGUGUCCUGGUUUUUCCUUUUUGAAAUAUGGCAAAUUCAAAGCAGAUUAAUUUGAAACAUCUGGGUAGGCUUGCCUAAGCAAGAAUGCUUUUAGCAGACCCCGGAAAGAGUACAGUGAAGUUUGAUCUCAAUAGGAGGGAGUUCCAAAGUGGCAGACACUAAACGACCAACUUCUUACAAGUGUGGAAUGAGUGACUAUUACGUGGCACUUGCAGGAAGUGUGCAAUCUGCAGGAAGCUUCCGCCCCCCCCCUUUAAUUUUUUUAAGUGAGGGAGCAAGAUAAACCCUUUUCAACUUCCUAAUUCUGUGCAACCUGACCCUUUCCAAUUAGAUGCAGCAGAAUGACAUGGCAGAAUUCUGAGAUGGUGGAAGAGACUGAUACGAUAGCCGUCUUCAAAUAUCUCAAGGGCUGUCACAUGGAAGAGGGGCACGUGCUUGUUUUUUCCUGCUGCGGAGCAUAAGACUCGAACCAAGAAAGUUACAAGAAAGGAAAAUCUGACUAAACUUUCUGACAAUGAAAUCUGUUCGGCAGUGGAACAGACUCCCAUGGGAGGUUGUGGAUUCUCCUUCCUUGUAGGUUUUUAAGCAGAGGUUGGAUGUCCAUCUGUCAGGGAUGCUUUAGUUAAUAUUCCUGCACUACAGUGAGUUGGACUAGACUGGGGUCCUUUUCAACUCUUGAGUAUGUAUGCAUACUCAAUGAGAGGUGUGAGCUUGUUUUUGCCAGGUUAUCUUAUUUAUAUUGUUGUUGUUGUUUAGUCGUUUAGUCGUGUCCGACUCUUCGUGACCCCAUGGACCAGAGCACGCCAGGCACUCCUGUCUUCCACUGUCUCCCGCAGUUUGGUCAGACUCAUGUUUGUAGCUUCGAGAACACUGUCCAACCAUCUCAUCCUCUGUCGUCCCCUUCUUCUUGUGCCCUCCAUCUUUCCCAACAUCAGGGUCUUUUCCAGGGAGUCUUCUCUUCUCAUGAGGUGGCCAAAGUCUUGGAGCCUCAGCUUCAGGAUCUGUCCUUCCAGUGAGCACUCAGGGCUGAUUUCCUUAAGAAUGGAUAGGUUUGAUCUUCUUGCAGUCCAUGGGACUCUCAAGAGUCUCCUCCAGCACCAUAAUUCAAAAGCAUCAAUUGACAUAGUCUGACUUUAACCUCUAUGCAAGUUUUGUGCAAGCAGAACGGGGUGAAAUAGGUCGUCUGUUAAUCUAACCUUAAAAGCACAGUGCGUGGAUCUUUCUAAAUGUGCCUUCUAGCAAUUGGAGUAAAUCUGAACCCUAAAAAUAUCCAGCUUAUGUUAUAUUUGUGUUUUUCUCUCUCUCCCCAGAAUACAUCAACAUUCAACAGAGAUGUUCUAGUGCAGAGGGACGAGACUAAAUCUGCCUCUUCUGGAUGCUGCAAGGUAUGGCCUUGGGUGGAAAGUAACGUGUUGUUUUGGCAUACAUGAGAUCAUGCCGGUGACUCUACGGCAAAAGGGUCAUUCCAUUGCAUGCUCGGUGGUGCAGCCUAAAGUUCAGGCCUGCACAAUUUGUGGCCCAUCGUGCCAGACUCCGCUCACCAGCCAUGUUUUGUACUCCCUCCAUUUUUCAAUAGUUCCUUGUUGGAAAUAAAACUGGAGGUUUAUCGAGCUUCUUGGCAAAGAUGGCAUUCAGUUUGUGGGCUGCAAGUUGUACAGACGAGAACUGAAUUGGCAUGUAGAUUUCUGAAAUGUUUUCCUCUUUGUCAUGGUUAGGACUUGACCAAGGUAAGGUAAAGGACCCCUGGAUGGUUAAGUCCAGUCAAAGGUGUCUAUGGGGUUGUGGCGCUCAUCUCGCUUUCAGGCCAAGGGAGCUGGCGUUUGCCCACAGACAGCUUUCUGGGUCAUGUGGCCAGCAGGACUAAGCCACUUCUGGCACAAGGGAACACCGUGACAGAAACCAGAGUGCACGGAAACGCCGUUUACCUUCCCACUACAGCGGUACCUAUUUAUCUACUUGCACUGGUGUGCUUUCGAAUUGCUGGGUUGGCAGGAACUAGGACAGAGCAACAGAAGCUCAUCCCAUCGCGGGGAUUCGAACCGCUGACCUUCUGAUCGGCAAGCCCAAGAGGCUCAGUGGUUUAGACCACAGCGCCACCCACUUGACCAAGAGCUUAUGCUGUCUUACGGGGCUGGACUGUGUUACCCAAUAAGAAUACCCAGGGUCCCUUUCCAGAGCGGCCCCCCUGCAGAGAGAUGGAGCCACCAUUUGGAUGGCUUUAAAAGAGGACGGGACAAAUUCUUGGCCUGAUCCAGCAGACUCUUCUUCCAUUCAUAACGCAAAGUUGAAAUGAUUAAAAAAUAAAUAAAUAAAACCGAUCUCAAAUGAAUCUAAUCGGUUUUGAAGGCUUUAGCGAGGAAUCAAAACAUUUUACUGUGCAGAGCAAGUCAGAGAAUGGAAAAAGAAAUCCAAGCAGCUGAAACUGGCACAGCCUCUUGCAACCGCCCUGUGCGUUAUAUUAUCACUAUUCCCAUUGGACAGACUGAGCAUGGGAAAAUCUGCACACACUGUGCUUGGUAUUCUGAAUAUAUAUAUCCCCAAGUGCCAGGCCUUUCUUCCUCAUUGUGCAGCAAAGGCAAACAAAAGACAGCAACAAAAUGUAAUAAAGAGAAUUGCUGCUUGUUCCGGCAUGAGUCAAGAUUUGCAAAAAGGAUUUUGGAGCACAGUAAGAGUCGGUUUGAGUUGCCAAAUUGCAGCCUUGCCUUGCAGGUUAAGUGUAUGUUGCUGGAACAUAGGCUCUCGGAGGCAAUGUGUGGUUUGAGCACUGAACAUCCCAGGACUUUGACUCGAGGGGGCGGGAAAUUGUUGGUUAUCUUCCUUGGGGCAUUUUCUACUCCUGGACUUGUAAGCAGCUGUCAUGCACUUAGCCAAGCCAAGCCUAUUUAAGCCGCUGCUCUCUGCUCUAGCACUCUUCAUUAUCUUUUUUAAAAAAUACUUCCUGGGAAAGGAAGGGUAGGCGGCUUGUCCGUCCUGACAUGAAUGGAAGAUCCUACGUGGUCUGCAUCACUUUGAAAUCAACUGGGGCUGCACAUCAUCCAAGUACGUCCCCGAGAGGGAUGCGGGUGGCUCUGUGGUCUAAACCACUGAGCAUCUCAGGCUUGCCGAUCAGGAGGUUGGCGGUUUGAAUCCCCGCAACAGGGUGAGCUCCCAUUGCUCUGUCCCAGCUCCUACCAACCUAGCAGUUCGAAAGCAUGCCAGUGCAAGUAGAUAAAUAGGUACCACUGUGGCAGGAAGGUAAAUGGCAUUUCUGUGCCAGAAGCUGUUUAGUCAUGCUGGCCACAUGACCUGGAAAGCUGUCUGCAGACAAACGCUGGCUCCCUUGGCCUGAAGCGAGAUGAGCACCGCAUCCCGUAGUCGCCUUUGACUGGACUUAACCUUCCAGGGGUCCUUUACAUGUCCCCGAGAGUCACUGAAAUAGGACAGUCUUGUGAUGAACGAUAGCAAUUUUCAAUGAGCAGAUGUACCCUGGCUGUUCUUAAUGCUUUAGACUGAUAAAUGAUUUAGACUCCGUAAUGAGGGGAGCAUAUUGAAGGGAUCUGUAAUGAACGGAAGGGAAAUAGCCCAGUCGGGAGUGAGGGCAUAUUGGUAGAUGCUCCUACCAAAGUGGGAAAGCACUUCAGUUCUUCCUGGGUUUCAGUUCCCUUGCAGAGAGAGAAAGGAACACAGGAAGCUGCAUUACAUCCAGUUGUUGAUAUGGCCAUUGAGGUUUAUUCUGCAAGACAGGUGCAAGUUCCUUAACAACUUCAUUAUUCUCUGCCAAAGCUGCCAAUGGGAUUUUCUGAGCCAAAUACAUUACAGAUAUAGUUUGAAAUAUCUGUAUAUAUAUACACAUUCAUAUAUACAGAUAUUUCAAACUAUAUCUGUAAUCAAGGAUGUCAGUCAUUCAUCUAAUCCAUCAGGAAUAGCCAACGAAGUGCCUUUCAGAUGUUGGAAUUUAAUUCCCAUUAUCCCUGACCAUUGGCCAUGCAGGCUGGGAUUGGUGGUAGUGAUACUCCUACAACAUCUGGAGAGAACCACCUUGGCUAUCUCCAUCAUAUGACAUAUACCAAAAGGGACUGAUUCUAAUUACACAAUCACUUCUACUCAAUUUUCCAAAAAAAUAGCCACACCUAUAAAUUACCCAACAUCAUUCCAUACGAGUAUAUCUUUAUUCUGAUUUAUUUCUAGAUUAGCAUGUAUUUAAAGUACCAAAGAGUAGCACUUUAUACAGAACACUAAAAUGAUAAAGUAUAAUAAAGUAUAGGAUAGAGGAACAUAAAUACAAUCAUUGACUGCAAUAAUAAUUCACUCAUAAAUGGCAUUUUAUGUUCGUUGGAAAGGAAGAUAGCUGUUAAUGUCUAAUCCAUAUUUAUUCUUCGUAAAGUGACUGAAUGUGCCCUGUAACCUUUGCCAUUUCUACAGUGUUCCAGAUUUUAAGCAACACAUUUUCAGUAUUGGUGUUUUACUGUCCUUGUAACUACGUAGCAAUCAAAAUUUAGGAGCUGAGAAGAUUCCAUACUAUUCUUUACGAAACCUUCAAAAUAUCAUAAUAACGUCCCAGCAGAAACUAGCGGCGUUGUGUAACUUAGAUAUAAUAUAGAUUCCUGUGCACCCCCUAAAUAUGUCCCAUGGUUCCCACUAACCCAAAGCAGAUUUAGGGGAGGGCAUGGGGGGAGGAGCGAGGGGAAAGUCAGGUUGCCAAAUGCAAAUCCACCCCCUAACAAAACGAGUGGAUUUGAUACCUCCCCAUCUAUCUCAGAUACCAAAGGCAAAGACAGUGUUAUUUCUGUUUAAAAACUGCACCUGCUUCUCAAAUUAGGCCGGUUGGGUGCUCUUAUUUAUUUAACCCAGGCUGACCUAAUUAGACCCAACCUACCAUUAGGAAGUAUGGGGCAUCCGCCUGAGGUAGCAGAAACUAGAAGUGAGAAUAAGACGUUGAACCCCCCCCCCCCACAAGUUAGCCUAAUGCUCUCAGGUGUGGUGGUUUAUAAAGCGUAUCAGCGAAGGUAGUUUUCAAAUUUCCAGAUUUGUGCCUAACUUCCCCCCAUGUCUGUUUGUGGAAACUCUUCUGUUUCGCGAGGGAUUCUGGGAAACUGUCCACAUCAUGCGCUAGGGUUCACACUGUGCGCUAGAUGCUAUCCUAAUAUUGGCCUUGGCUCUGCGUUUCAAACCUCAAAGGCAAACAUCCCUGCAGAAGCUGGCCGGGUGCUCAGGUUGUCUCCUCGUGCUCUGAAGCGGUGCCAAAAGAUAAGCUCGGAAGUGCUGCGUUUGCUCAUUUUGCGUGGCUGGGAAUAAAAAGGCCACUUAAUGCAAUGCCUUCCGCAAUAUAAACAUCUCAGGCUCUGUAAAGGAAAUGUGUCUCCGUUUCUGUCAGCACCGCUUCGAUGCAACCGGCAGAGUCACAAAGAAAUCCUGGCAUCUUUGACCCCCUGCCCCCUGCUUUCCCAAGGUGAAAUAAAAUAGGGUGCUUGGAUGGCUUACUGCCUAAAGAGCAUCUGCUUGGAGACACCCUUAAAUUGCACCCUUGAUAACUCAGUCCUAGGUCUUGCCUCCAUGCAUAGGCGUAUUGAGAGUCUUUUGGGGAUAUGGUGGAUUCCCUCCAUCUGCAGUUUGCUCUAGUCAAGUACUGUUAGUUUCCUGUGAAAUGCACUUUGUGGAUUUUCCAACAAACCACACAACAUUUAGUGAAAUUGCCAAGGCUGGGAACAGAGUCUCUGAAGGAGAUGAGAUAAAAGCAAAUGGUAUGGGCUGCCAAGGAAAAAAAAAAGAAAACACACUUUAUACCAGUUGUGACAACAGCAAAAUUUGAGUGGGGCUUACUUCACGGUAACUGGCUGCCUGGAACAUGAGGCUCAGUAGAGUGGGUGGCUUUCGCAAACCAAGCUUCGCUGUGAAAUUAAUGCAAAAUUACUGCAUUCCAGGAUGCAUUGCUCUUUUCUAGGACUUACUGAAACCGAGGCCCCGUUUGCACUAUGCAUUUAACAGUAUCAUAUCGUCAGAAACAGUCCUGGCUUCCCUCAAGGAAUUCUGGGAAAUGGAGGGUCAACUUACACAGACUUGGCCUAAAUGCAGAAGUUUGCCAAUAGAGGGGGGAGAUAAAAGAUCUGGCUCCCCACCCCCCACUCCAGCCAAUAAGUUUUUCCAUCCCUGCCAUAAGAAAAACCUUGGUUUCGGCUUUGGGUUAGGCUGGAGAAAAGCUAAACCGCAAGCCUGAUUUUGCUAAGCUAUAGCUCAAUUGAGGGGAACGACCAGGAGGAUGGAAGCAGCCAUGAUCUCCUCUUGAGAAGCCUUCAUGCUCAAGUGUUCAUGGUUUUGCUUAGUGAGACAGCAGACCAGGACUUUGAAUUGCAUCCCGUGCACACAGACCAAGUUUCGUUUGGAUAUCUUAACUGCUCAAGGGAGAUGCAUUUCAAAGAAGAAUGCCCUCAGAGGGACGGACAGUUUAAAUCCUCUGCUUGGCCCCAAAUGGAGCAUCUGUAGCUAACAAGCCUUCUGAUGUUUAUGAUGUGCUAGGUUUGUCUGGACCAAAAUCUGAAUGGCACUUACAUAAUGCCUGCAUAUAUUCAUUUGUGGGGAGUUUGGGGGGGGCGCAGGGGAGAGAGAUGUGAACAGUGAAAACUGUAUGCUGACGAUAGAGCCUUCCUUUUUUAUGGAGGUGGCUGGGCGCCACGAAAAACAUAGAGGGCAUUCUUGUUUCAUAGGAUCCAAAUGAAAAUGUUUGUUUCUGCUGUUCGUAAGGGAUUCAUUUCACUGGACACACACACAAACACUCUUCCUAAUUCAGCUGUUCCUGAAAAAGUCAUAACUAGAUAUUGAUGUCUUCUAGGCAGGCUUACAAAGCUGCAAAGCCUCCUCCUUUUCAAUUAGGGAACAUAGAAAGCUGUUUUCUACUGAGUCAGGCCACCAGCACACCAACUCAGUAUUACAUUCAGCAGCUCUGCAGGGUCUUUCUCAACCCUACCUAGAGACGCUGAGGAUUGAACCCAGAGCCAAGCUCUGCAUGCGGGGCAUGCGCCGCUGCACUACAGCCCUUCCCGUAUUGUGUGUCUCUGUGUGUGUGUGGCGGGUGGCAGUUCUAAGCUGCAAUUCUGGGCCGCAUCCUUAAAAAUUAGAUGCGACACCAUGAAUACGUGGUGCAUUUUUAAGAAUGUACAAUAGCAGCAGUGGGAUUGCAGGGGUGGGUUGUGCCCCUGGAGGCUCCUUUCUCGAUUCAAAUCUCAGCUGCAGGAAGGUGAUUUUCUUUGGGACCAUAAUCAAGGGGAUGAAUUUGGCUCUGCCGGUGCUCUGUGUUCUCUAUGCUUGUGAUUAUUUUUUUUUAAUCUACAGUUGUGUCUCUCGCACAAUUAACAUCCCGCUGGCUUUAAAAUGUCAAAACAGGUAGAAAGGUGAGAGGUGUCUGGCCCCAAAGAAGCAGUACUGUAACCUAUUGCUUUGCAAUAAACAACGACGGACUCCUAACUCCUCAAACUUCUGGGUUUUAUUGACAUAAACUCAGGAGAUAAGCCAUUUUUGGCUUACGGCAUUAUGAUGGACAAAUCUUUUUCCUCAUCCUCCUCUAUGACUCUGCAGCCACAGCAGGCGCUGCGAUUCUCCAUUGGCUUGACUUCACCCCUGCAGGCGCACUCCGUUGUCUCUUGAGAAAGGCAAGGUGGUGGCAGCUAUCUGAGAGGAAGGCCUGCCGGCAACACCGCAGGGCUGUCAUGUUGCCUUUGAACCAGGAAAGUGGUAUGAGAGCGAUUCUGCUGAGCAUCCCUCCAUUCUCCGCAGUAAUGCAUCUGCAUUGUACACACAUGGAUUCAUUCCCUGGGAUUUCCCAAGUAUGGCUAGGAUUGCUUCCUGUCUGAAACCCUGAAUAGAUGCUGCCGGUCAGUGUUAGCGUUGCCAUACGGACAUAGCUGGAAUACUGUGUCAGGGCAGAAAUCGCAAAAUAUGUCCGGGGAAAUCUGGAUGUAUGGCAAUCCAUGUUGGCAGUGUUGUUCUUCUUGUGUGGUGUUGCAAAAAUAAAAACUCAACAACUUUGCCCCCACCCCCCACCCCGCAACCACUUUUGUGUCCCACUUUUUGAAACAAUUUGGCAACCCUUGUCAGUGUAGGCAGGACUGAGCUGAAUGGAUCGGUGGUCUGUCGCAGCGAGAAAAUGGCCGCCCGAGAGAAGAGCGACUCAAAUGGCGGAGCUUCUUCCUUCAUCCUGGUUUUCAGCCACGAGGCGCCAUGAGGUAGGCAGGCUUGGGGAAGAGCGACUUCCUGAGCUCAUGGCGAAAACUAGCCCUUCGUGGCUCCUCUCAGAACAACAUUUUUUUUAAAAAACGGGAAAACGGUAGGCGGGAGGCUUUCGGCCUACAGGCUGAGGCGCAGGCCAGGCCUUGCUGAGGCCUAACGUCUGAGGCCAAGCGAAGAAACAGAUACUUUGUUGCUAAAGGGACCUGAGGCGCCGCUCAGGCAUUCCAGUGGCCUGAGGCAGGGCCAGGGUGGAUAAAAACCAAUAAUAAUAAUAAUAAUAAUAAUAAUAAUAAUAAUAAUUUUUUAUUUAUACCCCACCCUUCCUGGUUCAAAAAUUGUGCUCAGGGCAGCUAUCAACAAAUUCAAAACACUUUAAAACAAUUAUAAAAGCAGCAUAAAAUACAGUAUAACAACAUAUACAUAAAAUCGUUUUUUUUUUUACUUAGAUCGGGAUUUUUAAAAAUUUAAAUCGGAUUUUUAAAAUGAAAUGCUUUUAGAGGAAAAAUCUUUCUAAAGCUCGUUUCCUGUUUAAGUUACAUUAUAGUCCAAAGGCUGUCGGGAAAUAAGGAUUUAAGUGUGCUAAAACUCAGGUUUUUUUUUUUAAAAACCCACUAACAACCACCAAAAAACUUGUUUAACCACAACAGUUAACAAACAUGGAUACAUACGCUGUAAUGUUUUUGUUUUAGUUACCGUACUUUUCCAUUUAUAGGACGCCCUCAUGUAUAAGACGACCCCUAUUUUGGGGGGGCUCAAAAUUUAGAAAAUGGGGGGUUUAGCUUUGGGGGAGGAUUAAUUGGGGGGAAUGCCGAAAAUCACUCACCUGCCAGAAUGCAGCAAGUAACCGCUUGCAUUGCAACUGUCGAUCGCCGCCAUUAGCCCUCCCGAUUCUGCUGCCGCAGCCAAUAGCUACCCUUGUCGCGGCAAGCGGGAACGUGAUUGGCGACAAGGGCGGCUGUCUAUUGGCUGCCGCAGCGGAAUCGGGAGGGCUAAUGGCGGCGAUCGGCAGUUGCGACGCGAGCGGUUGUGUGCUGCGUUCCGGCGGGUGAGUGAUUUUCGGCAUCCCCCCCCCCAAAAAAAUGAUCAAGCGGCCAAUCGCCACUUACAGUCUCAGGCUCGCGCCAAAAAAAACAUUCGCCCGUCCCCCCUAAGCACUACCCGUGUAUAAGACGACCCUAAAUUUGGAACCUCAUUUUUGAGUCAAAAAAGCUCGUCUUAUACACUGGAAAAUACGGUAAAUAAAUUGUUUAAAUUGUUAUUAAGGAAGUGAUUAUUUAUCUCCUUCCAAUAAAGUACAGCGGAAAAGUUGUCCAGAUGUAAACAGUUAACUUACCGAACCUCACAAUAAUUUCAUAAUUAUCUGUCUAUGUAUUUUUAAUAGGAUAACCAAAUCGGUAAUUUUUGAUAAAACGGUAGAAACUGCUCUGAAAAUAUAUUAUUCCGAAAACAAAACCUUCAUUUGGUUGUAAAUAUUAAGAUUAUACCAGCAAGAAUGAGUCUUUCUGUAAGAAAAUGAUUUAAAUCAAGUCUUACUGACUAGUGAUUUAUAUCAAGUCUUAGUGAUUAGUGAUUUAAAUCGAUUUGAUUUAAAUCAAAUCCACCCUGGGCGCAAGGCCCUUUGUAAAUAGGUACCUCCCUUUUAGAUGUGUGGUAAUUUACAAGGUAAUUUCCAACAACAACAAGCCAAAUGACUUUGGCUGCGCCGUAGCUCAGGAGAACCGAGGGUGACAGAAUGGUGUCUGGACAAGGCUCUGCAAGAGUUGGAUCCGGCGCCAGCAGCCUUCUCUUCCUGCCCCGCUUGGCACGCUAGAUGCCAGUUGAAGGCUGCAGGCAACCCCUCAGCACCACCAUAAAAGGAACUACAGUGGUACCUUGCUUCUCGAACUUAAUCCGUCCCGGAAGUCCGUUCCAAAACCAAAGCGUUCCAAAACCAAGACACGCUUUCCCAUAGAAAGUAAUGCAAAAUGGAUUAAUCCGUUCCAGACUUUUAAAAACAACCCCUAAAACAGCAAUCGUAACGUGAAUUUUGCUAUCUAAUGAGACUAAAUGAAAGCAAUAAACAAUGUACUGCAGUCCCACAGUUAGUCAGUCAGUAGCCGAACUGAGUUCCACGCAGCCACAAAAACAAAGAUAAAAGUCGCAAAAACAAAAACGCAAAAUAAAUGGCAAAAACAGACAGACCUCAGCUUGCAUUCUUAGUUUGCACCAUCCAGAAAGCUGGAGAUGGAUAACAAUACAUUAUAUAUUCUACUGAGCACCUGAAAAAGAAUACUCUGCCCGCAGAACAUCCUAUCCCUACUUAACAGAAGCCAGAAAAAAUGAAACAAAAUUUUCACCACUGCCCACAUUGGGUAUUGUUUUUGCUUGCUACUAUGUUAUGUGUUUUUAUAUCCUGAACCGCCCAGUAAACUUAAAAAUGAAACUAAAAAAUAAAUAAAAUGUGCACAUACUUGAUCAGAUGAAAGUAAACAUAAAUAUCACUAGCAAAGCUGGGAAGAAAGGCUCAGCAUAGCCUUUCUACUAAUGCGCUAAUUAUCCGCAUGCAGGGAGUUUGAAGUCCAUAUCGUGAUAGUGGUUUCAUAAUUUUUGACCUGGCGAUAUAUCUCGAGUCAUUGUGUGUGCGUGAGCUCACGCUAUGCAACAAUCACAAUGUGGGAAACACAGUGCCUUUACAUAGCUCCACUGUUAUUUCAGACAUUGUGAUAUAUCUUGACAUUUAGCUGGUGAUAUACAGUGGUACCUCUUGUUGCAGACACGAUCUGUUCUGGGUGCAAACGGCACCCCGAAAAAUCCGCAGCUAGAGCGGCUUUUCUGCGCAGAACGCGAUAGAGCGCUUCUGCACAUGUGUGAAGCACGCAGAAUGCUUCUGUGCAUGUGCGCACGGCUGAACCCGAAAGUAUACAAUUCCGGGUUUGCUGCGUUCGCAGGCCGAAAAGUCGCAACAUGAACCUAACGCAACACGAGGUAUGACUGUAUUGUGAUGUCUUAAGCUUACUCCCCUUGAAUUUAUAUAAACCCCGUUUAAAGCCCACCUAAGUGACCAUGUCUUUUGUAAGCAAAUGCCUUUGCUUAAUGCCUGAUUCUGCCAGUUCUGCAAACAAAAUAACCUUUUGAGUUGCGCUGUCUCUUUUUGCUGUGUUCCACUUGGUUCCUGUCCUUACUGUUCCCUCCCCUUUUUUUUGCAUUAUGCUUUCGCUUGCUGUUUUGAUGUCAUCGGCAGUUGGGACUGGAAACCUCAUACCGGCCUGUACUUAAAUAGGAUACAGUGCUUAAUUAAUACCCUGAUUAAUUUUUGAUGAUUAAUUGUUCUCUUAUCUUCUGCUGGGCUUAUUCUUUCCACACACUCUCACUCCUGAGCCGAGGUGAUGGAUCAUCUUGUCAAGGUUGAGGUAGCGCCGAAUUGAUUAAAAUCUAUUUCACUGUGCAUCUCUUUAGCGAGGGCAGAAUUUUCCUGCCUGUUUUUUUUUUUUUUUUAGCGAAACCCAGCUUUUUGUAAUGAAUGAGGCCGGGUGUUGUCGUUUUUAAGCGACUCUGGCAGAGCCUACAUCCCUCAGGGAUGGUGCAUGAAGAGGCAGAAACUGAGUAAGGAAAAGGAUAAAGAAUUGUAGAGUUGGAAGGGAACCCCAAGGGUCAUCUAUUCCAGCCCCCUGCAAUGCAGGCACCUCAACUAAAGUAUCCAUAACAGAUGGCUAUCCAACCUCUGCAUCGGACCACAGGAAAGAUCUAUCUGAUUUUAACAUUCCAUCACGCUCUAGUGUGACCAACAAGAUGCUAAGACAUCAGGCACAUGCUCCACAGUAACUGGGAGUAGGACUGCCCUUGUUCUGUGUUGAGAUGUGUCAGGCACUCUGCACUUUCCGGAAACAAAGACCUUUUCGUUUUGACGUGCUUUUUCCAGCUGGAUGAAAACAUGUUUGUCUUCGUUAUUAAUUUGCAUUGUUUUCAAACCCAUCUUUUACUUGCUUUUCUCGUACUGCCUUAACAACUAUUUUCCCCUGCAUUUAUGAUGGACUUUGUGGGCCACCGUGAGAAAUAAGUAAAAAGCUAUGCAUUCACUGAUGAUGGUUGAUAUAUUAGGUAAAGGUAAAGGGACCCCUGAACAUUAGGUCCAGUCGUGGCCAACUCUGGCCUUUCCCCUUUAUGUUGGAAUGGCAGGGGAAAGCUUGGUUCAUUCAUGUUUGGUGGGAAUGCGCUUGCCUUAAAAACUUUUGGAAUAGAGCAUUAUCCAUUAUACUUGCAAUUCUCCCCCUUUCUCCAAAUCCUGCUUUAGCCCUGCUAUCUUCGGACAUGGACUUAGGCUCAACCCUGCACCCCAGCGAACUAGUAGGCUUCUUACUGACCACAUCACAAUUAGCCAUAGCUCAAUAAUGGAAGACCGAGACUGAAAUACUCCUGAAUAUAUGGGGAAAUAAUAUAUGGGAUACAGCAAUAUCCAGGCAUCUCACCAGGCACAAGAGGGCAGUUAAAGACAUAACAAAUAGAGACACCUUCCAAGAAACAUGGACCCCUUUAUUUAACUAUGUUAAUGGCCAAAAUCAAAACCUUCUUAUACCAACCGCUCAAUAUUCUCAGUCGAGAGGUUACGUUAAGUAAUAUGGUUGAAUGUGUGAGCGUCUGUCUAGAGACAAUGGAUAAACAAGCACCAUUAGAUGUACUGCUGGAUAAGUGUUUAAAGGUUAUUGUAUUUGUGUUUGUUUGAAAACCAAUGGCGUUUUAUUUUUUUUAAAUAAAUAUAUUAGCAAUAUGCCUGGCAUGAUAAGCCUGGCGUGUGUUUAUACAUGCACUUUAUUCCUUCCUUAACCUCAGCAUGUGUAAAUACGCCAUCAGAAAUUAAAAGAGCACUGGGAAACCCAGCCAGAUGGGCGGGGUACAAAUAAUAAAUUAUUAUUAUUAUUAUUAUUAUUAUUAUUAUUAUUAUUAUUACUGUGCCUUAGGUGACAGAAACGUUUUGUCUCAGGUCUGAGCCUCGGGAGACUUUGGGGUUGCAAGACCUGCUUCACGUUUGUAUAAGACGUACGAAAAGUAUGUUGGUGCUGCGCAAAUUAAACCCAAUAAACAGAAGUCCAAAUCAUGCCGCAAGAGCCCACAAGGCAAUCUGGUCAUGUGGUUCUUGGCCAAUGGGCCUUCUCCCCGCUAGAUGCAUAGCUGUCAACCUUCCCUUUUUUUGCGGGAAAUUCCCUUAUUCCAGCGCCGUUUCCUGCUGCUUCCCACUGCUAUCCCGGAUUGUUAGGUAUCCCGUAGACUGUCCCCGGGACAGGUGAGGCUGCUGAUCCCUUAUUUUCGAGGCUGCUGAUCGCUUAUUUUCAAAUCUGAAAGUUGACAUCUAUGGCUAGAUGCUUUGCAGAUGUUAUGUGUAGCACUUGGAGGAGGUGAGGGUUGGAUAUGGGACAGGAGCACCCAGUGGGUGAGAUGAUAAUGACCCCACUGCUUCUUUUAGGAUGCCUGCCAGUCCUGUUAUUGGACCACAACUCCCAUCAUGUGCAAAGGAUCUAGGGGUCAUAGUGGAACACAAGCUUAACGUGAGCCAACAGUGUGAUGCAGCAGCAACAGAAAGCUAAUGCUAUUCUAGGCUGCAUCAACAGAAGUGCAGUCUCCCAUUUGUUUGCUUGCUUUUCUAGGCAGGGUGGAAGAAAUUGCAUUUUUCUUCCUCCUUGGAAAUGCAAUCAAUUACGGACUCUGUGGCAUUCAGACAUUUCAUUGAUUGAUUGAUUGAUUGAUUGAGUGGGAAAUAUGGUGGGAUAAAAGCCCAGCUGUCACAUCUCCUUUUCUGGGGAAAAUCUAAAGUGAUAAUGAUGGCUACCGAUUUGGAUGGCUUUAAAAGAGGAUUAGACGAAGUCAUGGAGGAGAGCGCUGGCAGUAGCUGCUAGCCACAAUGGCUGUAUUCCACCUCCACUAUGAGAACAGGACGGUGCUCUAGAUGGGUCUUUGUCCUGAUUUGGCACAACUUUUUUAUGCUCUUACAAUAACAGCUUAGACAGGUUGAUGUAUUUUGGGAUUUUUCCCUUUCUGGGUGGUUGAAAGAGGCAGGAAAGGGGAUAUGAGGUCAUCCCAUGUUUUUCAAACUCCACUCAGAGAUAAGAACCAGCAGAAUUUCCCGGACUUGUGUUUCACCACAGCUGCCAUUUGAUGUGAAGAUGAAAUUGAGCAAGGGAGAGAGUCGAGAAGCAUUUGAAACUAACAUUUCCCUUGAUUGGCAUUUUCAAACACUUGCUUCCAGCUUUUAAGAAUGUUGACUCAGCCUUUAAUUGGGCUCCCGUUCCAAGAUCUGAACCAAGCAAUGUUUAAGCAGUGAAGAAGUACCCUUACAUUACUGGCAGUGAAGAAGUACCCUUACAUUACUGGCAGUGAAGAAGUACCCUUACAUUACUGGCAGUGAAGAAGUACCCUUACAUUGCUGGCCACUUAACACAUGCCUUGCUUGUGUAAUCCUGGCAAAAUGCUAAUAAUUAUGAUAAAUGUGUGUGUGGAGGAAGAGCUUGUAUAUUGCAGUGAUGUGUCUCAGUGAACAGAGCAGAUGCCAAGGGUGGAUCUAGACACAGGAAAAAACCCGCUUAUCAACUAGUCAGAAAUUAGAUGGUUAUAGGGACGCGGGUGUCGCUGUGGGUAGAACCUCAGCGCCUAAGGCUUGCCGAUCGCAUGGUCGGCGGUUCGAAUCCCCGCGGCGGGGUGAGCUCCCGUCUUUCGGUCCCAGCUCCUGCCCACCUAGCAGUUUGAAAGCACCCUUAAGUGCAAGUAGAUAAAUAGGUACCGCUUUAUAGCGGGAAGGUAAACGGCAUUUCCGUGUGCUGCGCUGGUGCCGGCUCGCCAGAGCAACUUCGUCACACUGGCCACGUGACCCGGAAGUGUCUCCGGACAACGCUGGCCCCCGGCCUCUUAAGUGAGAUGGGCGCACAACCCUAGAGUUGGACACGACUGGCCCGUACGGGCAGGGGUACCUUUACCUUUACCUAGAUGGUUAUAACAAAAGGAAAAAAUCUCUAUGGAAAACAGUGUUUUCAAAUUUCCUGCUCUCUUGCGCCAUCUACUGUUGCAUGUUUAUAGCGCAUUCAGAUUGCUGUUUCUUUACUAAUGUAGCUGAGUUCCAAUACUCCUGAAUUCGAGUAUUUCAAUUCAAUUCUUUGCAAUUCAGGAGAACUUUCCUGAAUUGCAAAGAAAGCUGAUUCUAGACUUGAGCCUGACCCUACCUGAUGUGAUUUAUUCGACUUGUAUGUCGUUUUAUACUACAGGGGGGAAAGCCUUAAUGCAAUUUACAAUGUGUAUAAUGCAGUAAAACAACUAGGGAUUGCUUUCCAACAUCGUAAUAUAUUGCCAGCUAAACUUCGUGAUAUUACAAUGUCAGAAAAGAGACGGAGAGGAAGAAGCUGCCAGUUAGGGGAAAUUUAAAGAAUAAACAUUAAUAAGAAUAAUAAUAAACCUCAUACACAAACUGUGCUUUAAAACGAACAGUAGAUGGAUAGAUUUUUCUUCCAUUUCUGGUUCCACCAAAAGCUUUCUGACUCCAUCACCAAACCUCUUCUUUCCUCCGCUCCCCGGGCCCUGCCCAGAUCCAUGUAUUUUCGAUUUCUAGAGCUGACAAGUCAACCUGGCAAAGAGCCUUGGAAAACACUGCCUGAGAAAACACGGGUGCUUCCGCUUAAACCAGAGCAGGUGGCUCAGUCGUACGCAACUAAAAACACAGCCCAGUGUCAUCAGUUUAUAAAGGCUGGAGAGUUUGUUUUUCUGCUAAGUAAUUGUUUGCUUUAUUGCUACUUACACAUUCAUUUUAAUAGGCCAUAAACCACAAACUGCAGUACCCACACUUUCUGGGCCUCUGACAUGCAUCAAGUUGACAACCUCUCUGGUUUAAGCAUCGGCGUACAAGAUGGGGCUGUAAAUCCAGACUAUUAUUAUAGCCAAUCUAAGAUUUAUUUAUAUUCAAACCGGGGAAGGGGGGGGGGGAGAUUUGAAAUCCAAAGGCUCUGUAACUAUUUUUUGAAUUUUUCUAUAUCUCUUAUUUUCUAUUUCUUUACAUAACUUACGCAUGUUAUUUUACUUUGAUCGGACGUGUUUAAAAAAAAAGGGAAUUUGGGGAAGGAACUGGGGUGGAUCUUGGGGAAAAUCUUUGUUCUUUUUCUGUUAAUGAUGUGGGACGGUGGUAAGAUUUGUACAAUUCAAUCUGGAUAGUGGGUUAAACAAAUUAAGCUUUAAAUUGGGAGUGAGAGCUUGUAGAACCAAAUUAAGGAAAGGGGAAUACAAUUGGGGGAGGGGGAGUCCCAGAAAGUAGGGAAUGAAAGUAAGGUUUUUAAAUAUCUUUUUUCUUUUGUCUUUUUUCUUUGUAUUUUUAUAUUUUUGGAAACUUUAAUAAAUAUGAUUUAAAAAAAAAAAAAUCUAAGAUUUAUUUAUAAUUAAUGCCGGGGACCUUCCAUCGUAAUGCCAAUUACUGAUUUUCUUUAAAGGCGACGGAGAGAUGGUUUGUUUGUUUGUUUGUUUUUGCAGUGAUUUCCCCAACAGCACAAAGCCAAUUCAAGUGCUGUUAAAAAACUGGAGAGAGAAAAAGAGAGGAGUUUGUUUGUUGGUUUGUUUGUUAAGGACCGAUUGGCAUUUGCAACAGGAGAAAAGAGGGGUCUCCAGUUGCUGCCCAGUAAGGUAAAGGUAAAGGGACCCCUGACCAUUAGGUCCAGUCAUGACCGACUCUGGGAUUGUGGCGCUCAUCUCACUUUGCUGGCCGAGGGAGCCAGCGUUUGUCCGCAGACAACUUCCGGGUCAUGUGGCCAGCAUAACUAAGCCGCUUCUGGCGAACCAGAGCAACGUACGGAAACGCCGUUUACCUUCCCGCCGGAGUGCUACCUAUUUAUCUACUUGCACUUUGACGUGCUUUCGAACUGCUAGGUUGGCAGGACCAGGGACCGAGCAGCGGGAGUUCACCCCGUCGCAGGGAUUCAAACCGCCGACCUUCUGAUCAGCAAGUCCUAGGCUCUGUGGUUUAACCCACAGUGCCACCCACGUCCUGCCCAGUAACAUUGCUAACAAUAUCCAAUUGCUGCCCAAUAAUAUUGCCAAGGCCGGUGUUGGUUUCUGUUUCGGGGGCGCCUGCUAUCAGUAAGCUAUUUCUGCGACUUAAGUUGCACACUGAAUGUGUGCUAAAGCAUUGCAUGGACAUGCUCUGCUCUGCUAGCUGGCAUAAGCACGAUGCUCCAAACAGCUGAAGGCUAUCUCAGAUGGGCAAUUUCUGGAUAUAUUUUGGGUGCUUCCAGACUGCUGCUGGAGAGGCACCCAUACAAUGUGCCUUUUCCAGAUAUACAUGCCCACCGGCAUUCGGAAUCUGCCAGGUGCAAAAUGCAAUCGGCCACUUGUGAAUAAGUGAAGAUACCCGGGUGCCAGGAUGGCACCUGAUGUCAUCUGGAGGUGCAUGCCUGGAGAUCCUUGGAUCUGGACUGUGUUCACACACUGGCAACACAUCCUGUAGAAUUCUUACCCGUUACAUUUUAUCUGCACAAUCAGAAUGAAUUUUAGGUACCCCCAAAGUCAUGCUGAAAAAUACGACUUUCAAGCCGCCUGGCUCAAAAAUGGCAACCAGGCAUUCUGAUUUGGUGACUGUAACCCUGGUUUAAGGAGCCAUUUGGCACUUAGGUUAUAUAUCUGAGUUUCUAACACUGAUCACCAGCACCUGAGGCCCCUAUCAGUCCUAUAGUGGGGUGUGUGGAGAAUUACAGUGGUACCUCGGGUUACAGACGCUUCAGGUUACAGACUCCGCUUACCCAGAAGUAGUACCUUGGGUUAAGAACUUUGCUUCAGGAUGAGAACAGAAAUCAUGCUCCGGUGGCGCAGCGGCAGCGGGAGGCCCCAUUAGCUAAAGUGGUGCUUCAGGUUAAGAACAGUUUCAGGUUAAGAACGGACCUCCGCAACGAAUUAAGUUCUUAACCCGAGGUACCACUGUACAGGCAAACCAUUGUCUCUGUAACAUGAGCCCUGUAAGACGUGGCCCUUGCUUCUACCUAGCUCAUUUUCACCUGGCCUGAGAGGCGGGGCCCUGAUUUACACUGCCUACAAAGGCUGCUCCUGUGUCACUCAGCUUAGUGUGCAUGCAUGUGUGUGUUGGGAUCUUGCUUUCAGGGAAACUUUAGAGAAAGAGGAGUUUCUGCUAGAGGAUGCCCCAGGUGGGAGCAAAGAGGCAAGCUUGUCCACGCGAAAGGCAGCCCGCUUAGCCAUUGUUUGUGAGUGUCUCCAAGCUUCAUGAGUGGCUCUGCGGAUUGAAAAUGUGAGCAUGUUUUCUGCUGCUCUUAGGCUGAUUGAGAUCAAUAAGCCUCCAGCUCUUUCCGCUGCCUUACUGUAAUUCUGUUGCUGUGAUAGACUUUGGACUGAAUUGUUAGGAUCAAAUGGCUGCAUCUUUCUAUCUGUAUGUAUCUCCCGCCGCUGAUACCUUUGCAAGUUAGGGUGGAUUUGUGUGUGUGCAUGAUUGGGACACGAAGCUGUUUUCUACCUUUGGUUCAUCUCACUCAGUAUUGUCUACACUGACCGGCAGAAGCUCUGCUGGGCUUCAGAAGGAUGUUCGGGAUUGAAACAGGGACUUUCUCUAUGCAAUGCAGAUGCUUCACCAAUGAGCUACCCUAUGGCAUUCCUUUCAUCAGAGUUAGGGAUAUUUUGCUUGCAGUGUUUCGUCAGCUUGCAACUUCUGCAUUGUGUAGUGAUAGUUAUAGGCAAAUGUUGUCGUUUCCAUUGUAUCUCUGCACUGAUUAUUUGUUUGCUGUUCUUAUGAUCCCCUUUCAGCAUAAUUUGGAAAAGUGGCAUGCAAAUCUAGUUGGUGAUGCUGAUGACACUGGGAUGAUAAAGGCUGGUCUUUUUUACAAGACCGUUGGGUUGUAUUCAAUGAAAUCUUUCCACAAACACAAUGGAACUUCCUCUUCUUCCUCCUUUCCCUGCCACCGCCUAAAAAUCCUCUCCAGAGGGUCAGGGGAUCCCCCAGAGUGGAUUUAGCAGGGCGCAGAAGGAAGCCAAAGCUCCCUUGCACCCGGCAGAAGUCAUUCUUGUCUGUGUGGUAAUUUAGUUGCAUGCAACCCAAUGUGAAGAUAGCUGCGGUAAUGACUUUGGAGUCUAAAAAUAAGUGCAAUGAAAUUAUAUAGGUUCCCAUUGACCUGUGUGCCAGAAGAGCGAAGUAAUGCAUACAGAACCUGAUCCGAGCUGGCCCCUCUCCUAUUUUGCCAACCAUCUUGUUCAUCGAGUGCCUGGACAAUUGUCUAUUCAGAUCUCGCCACCGCGCUUGCUUUUUAGCAGGUCUCCCCUGCCUGCUUUCAUGCCAUGCCUGGCGACGGUGCCAAAGGAGACACAAGAGACUUGGCAAAAGGGCAACUCGGCAGCCUUCCCCCCGUUGCCAGACAAACAUCCCACCAACCGCACAUGCUGGGGAUUCUGUUCCUCUGGCUGCUGAGGCUCAAAACAUAAGAGCCUUCCAGCAGUAAAUAAAGGAGGGAAGAGAAACGGCUUAUGCAUGGGAGACAUCUGAGAAUGCCAUGUUAACGUCUUUGGAAGAAAUUGCUGCUGCUGCCUUUUAAAUCCCCCAGAGGGGUUGUGAAGGGAAUGAUUUUAAGCAAGACCAAAAGGGAGGGGAUCAAAAGAGCAAGUCAGAUGGUGUGUGUUUGUGUGUGUGUGUGUGUGUGUGUGUGUGUGUGUGUGUGUCUGAUUAGGAACUGGAGAUGGAGCAGCAGGUCAGGGCCACUCUAUUAUUCCCUAAAGCAAUUGUGCAUGUGUGUGUGUGUGUGUACAGUCAUACCUCGGGUUACAGACGCGUCAGGUUGCAUUUUUUUGGGUUAUGGACCCACCGAAACCCAGAAGUAUCGGAACGGGUUACUUCUGGGUUUCGGCGGUCACACAUGUGCAGAAGCGCUAAAUCGCGCUUUGCGCAGAAGUGCCGAAUCGCAACAUGCGCAUGCGCAGACGUGGGUUGCAAACACUGCGGGUUGCGAAUGUGCAUCCCGCACAGAUCAUGUUUACAACCCGAGUGUCCACUGUAUAUGUACAUGUAUAUGUAUAUGUAUAUGUAUAUGUAUAUAUGUAUAUAUACAGUGUGUGUGUGUGUGUGUGUAUAGAUAGUUCUCCAAUAUGGAUACUGACUGAUACACAAAUCUCCACUUAAGAGGGCUUCUAUAAAGAGUAAUGUCUUCAGCAGAUGCUGAAAAUACAAUGAAGAUGGUGUCUUUCUGAUGGAGAAAGUAUACAUUUCCUGUAGGGGUGUUUUACCCUGAACACAUGAAUUUCUGUUUCCUUAAACUCCAGUUCUUUGUAUGUCACUGCUGUGUGAGGCUUGUUGGGUUGCAUCCAAUUAAUGAUGGCUACCAUCUUUAUUAUCAUUAUUAUUUUAUUUUAUUGGUACCCCACCCAUCUGACUGGGUUGCCUCAGCCACCCUGAGCUGCUCCCUCCAAAAUAUCAAAAACACAAUAAAACAUAAACCAAUAAAAAACCUUCCCUGUACAGGGCUGCCAGCAGAUGUCUUCUAAAAGUGUGUAGCUAUUUAUCUACUUGACCUCUGUUGGGAGGGUGUUCCACAGGGAGAGCACCACUGCCAAGAAGGCCCUCUGCCUUAUUUAUUUCUUUAUCACAGUUGCUUUAUCUUCUAAGGAUCUCAAGGUAGUCUACAUGGCAUUCUCCCCAUGUCAUCUUCACAACAACCCUGUGAGGUAGGUUAGGUUAAGUGAUGGUGACUGGCUCAAGGUCACCCAGAGAGCUUCCCGGCUGACUUGAGAGGGAUUCGAAUUCUGCUCUCCCUGCCCUUAGUCCAACACUCCAAGCCAUUACGCCACACUUUACGAAUUCAUGUCCUGCUGGACUUGAUGGGCCAUUAACCUCAUCUAUCAGGCUCACCUUAUGUUCUUACAGCACUCAGUCAUGUCCAUUAGUUUCAGUGGGUCUACUCUAAGCAGAAUUAGCUUUGGAUUCAACCCAUUGCCACAGGAUGGGCAGCCGGAGGUGAUAACCAGGUUAGACAGCAUUGUCAAAAAAUUAAAAACAGGGCUAUUUAAACUUUUUAUAUGGCUUUUUAUGGUACAGUUUUAUAUUGCAAACUGCUCUCUUUUUCCAAAUGCAUAGCGGUAUAAUAGAGAACACAUUGUGAGUCAUGACACCAAGUGGAAUGUCUGUGUUCUGCCUUGUUUAGCCUUGCUGGUUAGCCCAGUUGGUUAGAGCAUGGUGCUGAUGACGCCAAGCUUCACGGGUUUGAUCCCCAUAUGGGUACAAAUUCCUGCAGGUGGGACGCGGGUGGAGCUGUGGUCUAAACCACAGAGCCUAGGACUUGCCGAUCAGAAGGUCGGCGGUUCGAAUCCCGCGACAGGGUGAGCUCCCAUUGCUCUGCCCCAGCUCCAACCUAGCAAUUCGAAAGCACGCCAGUGUAAGUAGAUAAAUAGGUACCGCUGCGGCGGGAAGAUCAUUGUGCCUGAAGUGGUUUAGUCCUGUUGGCCACAUGACCCAGAAAGCUGUCCGUGGACAGAUGCUGGCUCCCUUGGCCUGAAAGUGAGAUGAGCACCGCACGCCCAUAGUAGCCUUUGACUGGACUUCACCUUUAUCUUUUUUACCUUGCACAUUCCUGCAUUGUAGGGGGUUGGACUAGAUCAGGGGCGUCCAACUCCCAAUAGACUGUGAUCUACUCACAGUAUAAAAAAAACUGGCAGUGAUCUACCCAAAGUUGUGGAGCUCUUUUUUAGGAAGCCAAAGUUGGGUUUUUUUGCUAUUUUGUAAGGAGAUUACUGAAGGGCCAGAGAUCAACCAGGUGUCGACAUGCAGAGGGCCGGGAGGCCAGCUGGCUAGCCCUGGCUAGGCCGUCUCCUUCCAGCCGUCCCACUGCAAAGACCAUCAGCCUCUGCUCUGACGUAAAUCAGCAACCCGGGCUUCAGAGCCAGGGCACACUAUCAGCAGAGCGAACUGUGCACACAGAAUAGGCGUGAGGCUUGUGGAAGCAUACUACAACUACAGAUUGGUUAAUCAUAAAUCAGGACAAAGAAACAUGUCGUCUCUCUCACAUUCUCAGAGAGAACGGGAAAAGCAAAAGCUAUACACAACGGACAUUCCCAGCAAACUGUGCAGGAAUGUAAACAGACAUGUGACACGCAACAGUUCCGCACGUCUGCUCCUUAAGGUGGAAUGGAAAUCUCAACACCAGGAUCUACCAGGAACACCCCACGAUCUACCAGUAGAUCGCGAUCUACCUGUUGGACAUGCCUGGACUAGGUGACCCAUGGGGUCCCUUCCAACUGUAGGAUUCUAUCAUUCUAAAUGAGAGGGGCAGUGUACCUUAGGAUACGAGGUGAUGGAGAUGAAAACCAGGAGAGAGCUAUUGCCUUCUGUGCCCUUCCGCUUGUGGGUCUCCUCAACGUGUUUGGUUCUGCCACUUUGUGAAUCAGGAUGGUGGGCUAGAGAUAAAUCUUCAGUGUGCUCUGGGCCUUGUUUGGGUUGGCAGCGCUGUGCCAGCCUCCAGAGAUCAGAGUGGAGGCUGUGCCUUUCCCCUCCUCUGGCUUCACGACAUAGCAAUUGUUACACAACUCAGCUGCACCAUCUUGGCUGCAGGUGGAGGGGGGAGUGUGUAGUAUUAGGAUCAGGUUGCAUUGGAGGGCUAGCAGUUGUGACCAUCAACCACUGUCAAAACCCCUGAGACAAGUCCCAUUGCCUGCCAAGGUUAUAAGGUAGCUGGAACUAAGCCAAUUCCUUAUUAAGGUGCAAGGGAAAGUCCCCAAAACCUGAGCUCUGAAAUUUGAGCACCAGGACUGUGAGCAGGCCACGAUUCUGUGGCAGCACAGAAAAUACACGUACGAGUCUGUGUGCCAAACAGCAGUGCCAAAUUCUUUUCCGAUGAAAGAUGACCCAUCUAAGUUCUGCUAAACGUGCAUGCUAGGGUUUUAACUUCUUGACUUUUUAAAAAAAAAUGAUUUCCUGAAUCAUAAAGGGAUGAACCGUCACUUAGAAACACUGAAAAAAGGAACUAAUUCUUCUCAGUUGUGUAAAAGGUCACCCCGAAAUGAAAAGUUGCAAUCACCGCAUAUGUGACAUUACUCCUCAUGAGUAUUAGCACUUUAAAAAACUUUAUGGAACUUUUAAGAACUUUAUAUAGUGCCUGGAGCGUCCUAAAGCUGUUUAGAAUGUUCUAGUAGAAUCCAAAAAUUUGUCUAUAUAGAAAGCCUUGUGGGCACACAACUAAACUUCUUAAAUUUUAAUACUUUUUUCAGUGGCAAUAUACAAUAUCACACAAGAACCUCGAUUUAUUCUAAGCAAUAAGAAGUGAUGUACAAUGUACAAAAUACUGAUUUUGUACAAUGUACAAAACAAUGUACAAAACUAUGUACAAGUAUCAGAAAAUUUGCAAGCUCCAUUUUUCCUGUACAUGGUAUGCAUAUGCCCAGCGUUUUUUCCAAGGGGUACUCAGUACUGACAUCUCUUUUAAGGGUUUUUUAAAAAAUGUGGCACUUACUGCAACAAUGUUGAGUACCAGCACCUAUUUUUCUAGAAAAAAAGCACUACAUAUUACAAAUUACAUUAUACAGUUACAUAUACAAAAAUAGAGUUAUUGAUUUCGGGGUGACCUAUUUUCAAGAGAUUUGAAAAUGGCAGUUCAUUUCUUUGUUUUUUUGGCAAACGUUCAUCUAACUAAGCUACAGGAACAUAAGGUUGUAAAAAAAGUUGCACACAACCUGUGAAUUUACUUUGCUUCUUCUCUCCAUAGGAAAUCUUAUUUAGAUCUCCCUUCUACAGGUGCCUUCUGAAAUUUCACCAGGCCUAUAGAUUUCGAAGGUUAUUUUCAUAGUCAACAGAGACUAGAUACUUGCUCCUGAUACAUGUUUUGAUCUUUGCAUGCAGUGCUAAAUUCCCUGCUCUCCACCCCUGCAGAUCUACGAAGACCCCCAGUCUGCGCCCACAUCACCUCUGCUGCAGAACCACAUAUUCACCGGAGAAUAGAGCGAAAUUGGAGAGCGGCUUUGGCAAAAACAAGGGGAAGAAGCGGUGACCUGCUGUGGCAGGAGAAAAUCCAUCAACAGUGCGCCCAGUGUUCGGAAAAGCAGCCAAGUGAAAGAGGCUGGCAAGGUAAAUGGGACCCUUUGUGUUCUCACAAUGCCGAGUUGGAUGCAGGUUCGGCAAGCGAGCCUCCGUUCUGGAAUCUGCCAUGUGGAAAGGGAAGGAGGGGCAAAGAGCUGUUGAACGUUAAAGGAGCAGUCCUUCCCCGGGCAGAGAUUGCAAAAUGGCCAAAAGGAAAGUAGCAAAGAAGAAGAGUUUAGCUUUAGCAAAACAACCUCUCCAAAUCCAGUCCACUUCUGCCGCUUCUACCUCCAGAGCUCAGUCCGCCCCCUUCCUAGGACCCAUUGCUUCAAAAUUGGGGGCAGGGGUGGGGGAAACUGAUUUGAGGAGAAUUCACCAUCUAUCUUACUCAAGUGGUGCCUGCAACAAAAUGUUGGAGCAUGAAGUCAUUCUCCUGUUCAGGAUUCUAGCUAGCCACAUUGCCCUUUCCCAGAGCCAUCAAUCUCAUUUUUUUGUCCACACACAAACACAAGUCAGUAUCCUGUGACCACUUCAGACUCCCUGGAGGCCUCUGUAGGGGAGACAGGAUGGUGGACCAGCCUGCUGGCUGGGGCUGGUGGGAGCUGGAGGGCACCAGGUUGGGGAAGCCUGAGCCAGAUGAGCCUUUGGGGGGUUAUAUCCAAUACUAGUUGCACUUAGCAUUGAAAGAAGUGGCCAUGAUUAACUUGGAACCCGUUAGUUUGAAUGGGUCUACUUGUGAGUAGAACUUAGUUGGAUGCAGCCUUUGGUUUGAUCCAACAGGGCUCUCCUUACUUUCUUAGCUUUCCCUGUAGCCACUAGCAUAGUUCCUGAUCCCAGGGAUCCUUAAGUCAUUUUUCUUCAACAUUAUACAGUGUGUCUGUUGUCAACUGGCUCCCAUAUAGGAAGAAUUUUCUGUGGUAGCUCCCCGAUUGUGGAAUGCCCUCCCCAGAGAGGCUUUCCUGGCACCGUCACUGCAUUUAAGUGCCAGGCAAAAGCAUUCCUCUUUACCCAGGCCUAUGGCUAUUAAAUAAUCUAUGGUCUGUGUAAGGACUGUUAGGAUGAAGAUUUUGUUAUUAGGCUGUGUGUCAUUAUGUUUUUUAUUAUGUUUUUAUCAUUGAUGUUCUGUAAUGUGUUUUUAUAAUGUUGUACAACACAUUGGGAUCUUUUGAGAAAGGUUGGAAUACAAAUUUUAUUAUUAGUAUUAUUAUUAUUAAUACACAAUGAGACAUAUAAAAUUUAGCACCCAACGAGAUUUCCCUUUCUGCUGUGCACGUCUCUCACUUGGACUUGAGCUUCCCAUUUGGGGGAAUGGUAUUCCAUGCUAGCCCUACUCAGAGCAGAACCAUUGAAGUUAAUGGACACGGCUAACUUAUGGUCAUUAAUUUCGGCGAGUCUCCUGAUGAGUAGGACUCAGUUGCAGGCAGCCUUUUCUCCAGUGCUCCUGCAAACAUUCAUCAACACAUUUUUUUAAAAAAAAUAAAUCCUUGUGUGCGGCAUUUCAAUUAAAGUCUUUCUCUGCUAAUCUGUGCCUGUAUGAACACAAGGUCCUUGGAAAUCUUUGACUGGGCUGGUGUGUGUGGGGAGGGGCAGGGACUUUUCCUGUCAAAACAGAGAUGGCACACUUUACCUUCAUGCUUUGAAAGAAAACAAAAAUUGGCAUCUAUCACAGCAGGCAAAAGGACCCAUUUUUUAUAUAUGCCUUUUAAUGUCCACACAUUUUCCUUUCCCUGAGAUCCCUCACCAACAACAAAGUUAUCGCCAUCUACCUAAUUCAGCAUUAACAUUUUUAAUAUGCUUUGGGAUUCGCAGCCAGGAAGCCACACUGGGGGCUUUGUGAUGUGCAAAUCCCCUUUGAAUGUGACUCUCAAAUGUAUUUCCCCAUUUCCGAUAAUGCCAUGCCUACUGCUUCUCUAAUGUAUGCUAAUCUGGUUUCUUUAGAAUACCUCCCACGUGGUGAGCAAAAAUCGUAGUAGCAGGGGGAUCAGCGAGUGGCAGCCUUAGGGAAAUGAUCUUCCCACCCACCCAGUAAAAUCUUUGCAGAAUUAAAUCAUGAGAGAGCCCCUCCUUCCUAUGGUACCCCAAAUACACACACCAAAUAUGUGUGCAUACCAAAAUUUUAUUUAUAUAUAUAUAUAUAUUGAUUCAAUUAUGUGUGCAGUGCAGAAAUGGGACAGAGAGUCUUUUGUUCUCCCUCUUUCAAAAUGCUGAAAUUUGGGGCCAUUCAAAUAUCACGUUUCCGUGCGCUAAUCUGGUUCUCCAGAAACAGCUUAGUCAUGCUGGCCACAUGACCCAGAAGCUGUCUGCGGACAAACGCUGGCUCCCUCGGCCUAUAGAGCGAGAUGAGCACCACAACCCCAGAGUCGGCGGCGACUGGACCUAACGGUCAGGGGUGAAGGUAAAGGGACCCCUGACCAUUAGGUCCAGUCGCGGAUGACUCUGGGGUUGCGGCACUCAUCUCGCUUUAUUGGCUGAGGGAGCCGGCGUACAGCUUCCGGGUCAUGUGGCCAGCAUGACUAAGCCGCUUCUGGCGAAACCAGAGCAGCGAAUGGAAACGCCGUUUGCCUUCCCGCCGGAGCACUUUGACAUGCUUUCGAACUGCUAGGUUGGCAGGAGCAGGGACCGAGCAACGGGAGCUCACCCCGUCGCGGGGAUUCAAACCGCUGACCUUCUGAUCGGCAAGUCCUAGGCUCUGUGGUUUAGACCACAGUGCCACCCAUGUCUCUAACGGUCAGGGGUACCUUUACCUAAAUACCAUUGAUAGGCUGUCGGUCCAGAACAGGACAUCAUAAUAUGUGGUGGGAAUAAUUUAGGGCUGGUGUGGGGAACCUGUGAUGCUUUGGGAGUUGGCAAACGACAGCUACCACCACCAUCUCUGGCCAGCCAAUGUAGGCAUAGUUGAGCUAGAUCAUGGGUAGGCAAACUAAGGUCUGUGGGCCGGAUCUGGCCCAAUCGCCUUCUAAAUCCAACCCGCAGAUGGUCUGGGAAUCACUGUGUUUUUACAUGAGUAGAACGUGUGCUUUUAUUUAAAAUGCAUCUCUGGGUUAUUUGUGGGGCAUAGGAAUUCGUUCAUAUUUUUUUCUUUCCAAAAUAUAGUCCAGUCCCCCACAAGGUCUGUGGGAUAAUGGAGCGGCCCCUUGCUGAAAAAGUUUGCAGACCCCUGAGCUAGAUUGACCAAUAAGUGUGAUUCAGCAUAAGGCAUCUUGCUAUGUUCCUGUUUUCUGGGGUAUUUCGUUUAUUUCUUCCCCGCCCCCUCCUAAGGAUUAGGUUGUAACUCUUGUCCCAGUUUAGCAGCAUAAUAUUUCGGUUUCCAAGUAGCGAGCUGUUGGAGAGCUUUUCAGUGGAACUUUAGAGCACAAGAGGGCAAGGAAAGGGUUAGAGAACCCAAUAAAUACGAGGAGAGAUCAGAUAAGAGUCUCUUGUAACAAAAGAGGAGAUGGAGAGGAGUAAAACAAGCUAGCUGGAAGCUUAGAUAAGCACUUUCUGUCUCUGAUGCUCUGCUUACAUAACAUCCAGCGCUUCCUUGCAUCUUUGGCCUCUGCCUCACUCAGUUAUCUGUCCCAUAACUGAUGGGCAACUUGAGUUUGGAAGUUAAUAACAAGCUCGCUUGGAAGAAGCAUGUGUGUCCCUAGAUUUGGUCUGCAGAAGUACGGCUCGGGAGAUUAAGCACAGCAUAUCUGGAAAGGGCAGGUUGGAGAUGUGGGUUCGGAUCGUGACAUCUUCUGUUGGGUUGAAAUAAACGACAGACGAGUGACAAGUGUCAUAUGGGAGGCAUCUACCGAGCAUGUCUCGGCGAGUCCCUUUUAUUGAAUAUUACAGCAUUGCCACAUAUGUGCUUGUUGCUGAUUGGUUAACACAAAUACAAUGCAAGGGCAUUAAUCAUCAAUAGAUUAAAGGUUGGGAAAGGGAACACAUGGUUAGACAGGUGUGAAAACUUCCUUAUUAAACUAUUACUAGUGAUUGAUAUUGCAUGACUUAAAAGAACAUAACAAUCGCAUUCCGUAGAUGUGGUCAACAAUGCGUUAAGAACAGGUCAGGGUAUGAUGUUUCAUGAACUCAAUGUGAACUGAACAUUCUAGUAGAACUUCCCAUCAAUCUUCUGCACUUCGGUGGUAGAUGGGACUGUUUACGAAAAAGGAUAGGGGGAACUGCCUUAUUUUCAUGCACAUCUUUCCCCAGCAUCUCCAUUUAAAACUGUAUUUUUUUAUUAUUAUUUAAAAAAAGCAAUUUUAUUGAAGGUUUUUAACAUAUUAAGUCCUAAAAUCCAAACACAUUUAUAAAAAGCAAUAUAUCCUAAAAGAAUAAUAAUAAUAAAGGAAAAGAAAAUAUAAAAUAGAAUACAGUGGUACCUCGGGUUACAUACACUUCAGGUUACAGACGCUUCAGGUUACAGACUCUGCUAACCCAGAAAUAGUACCUCGGGUUAAGAACUUUGCUUCAGGAUGAGAACAGAAAUUGUGCUCCGGCAGUGCAGCGACAGCGGGAGGCCCCAUUAGCUAAAGUGGUGCUUCAGGUUAAGAACAGUUUCAGGUGAAGAACGGACCUCCGGAAGGAAUUAAGUACUUAACCUGGGGUACCACUGUACUACAAAACACAAGUAUAUAUAUAUAAAGAAAAAGAACAGAUAAGAAAUAACUAAAAAAAAGAUAAAGAAACCCUUUAUCUCAUUUACAUCAUAUACAGUGCUAUCUUGGUUCUCAAACUUAAUCCGUUCCGGAAGUCCGUUCCAAAACCAAAGCAUUCCAAAACCAAGGCACACUUUCCCAUAGAAAGGAAUGCAAAAUGGAUUAAUCCGUUCCAGACUUUUAAAAGCAACCCCUAAAACAGCAAUUUAACAUGAUUUUUACUGUCUAACGAGACCAUUCAUCCAUGAAAUGAAAGCAAUUAACAGUGUACUGCAGUCACACAGUCAAACAGUCAGUAGCUGAACUGGGUUCUACACAGUCACACACAAAAAGAGCCACAAAACCGCAAAAUAAAUAGCAAAAACAGACAGACCUCAGCAUAACACUCAAAACGGAAGUGUGGCACUCAAAAUGGAAGCGUGGCACUCAAAACAGAGCACAUUCGGCUUCUGAAAAAAGUUCGCAAACCAGAACACUUCCGGAUUUGCAGUGUUGGGGUUCCAAGUUGUUUGAGUACCAAGGUGUUUGAGAACUAAGGUACCACUGUAAUAUAAAAGAAUAGAAAAAUAGCUAAACAUGAUCUGUAAUAACAGUUAUUCAAGAUGUCUAACACACUCCAGAGUAGUUUCUACCCCUCUGCAGGAUGUAACUUUCCCCAAAUUUCCCUCCAAGCCCGACCUUUAACUUUUCGUCAGUUGGAAAGCUGAGUUUUCAAGUAGCAAGGAAAUGUCUCUGCCCCAGACCUUUGGGAAGGACGGUAGCUCAGUGGGAGCGCAUCUGUGCCUUGAAAGCAGAAGCUCCUGAGUUCACUCCUCAGCACCUCCUGGCAGGAUUGGGAGAGACUCCCUGCAAGAAACCCUGGAGAGCUUCUUCCAGUCAGUGUAGACAGCACUGAGUUCAAUGAGCAAGUGGUCUGAUUAUAUAUAAGGCAGUUUCCUGUGAUCCUACGUUUGACCUCCAACAGCCAUUCCUGCUGCCAGGCCUAAGCAGACCAGCUUAGUAGGUGUACAUGGCACACACUGGACCAGAUUAGUCUCUUUUCCCCCUGCUGUUCCGAAUGUGAGAGCAUCCAAAGUCCUUUUGCUGCCAAGGCGCUGUGCCCGCCGAAUGGGUGUACGCAGCAGGCUGCCAAAUGUGAAGCUUCUCCCAGGGCUUGUGCUAAUGCGUUGGCUUUGUCCUUUUAUCUCAUGGGUGCAAGGGAGACGGAGGAACAGAUGACACGCAGCAUUAGGGCUGGCUUAGUAGAUAUCGGCAGCCUGGCGUGCAGAUGGCCUUCCGUCAAAGUUGGGCCAACACGCCCUGCAGGAAAGUGGUGUUUUUAAAAAAACAACAUUAAUGCCCCAAAUCGGAGCAAAGACUCAGCUGGCGAGGUUUGCUCUGGAGGUCUUUGGUUAAUUGCCAGGUGUUAGUAGGUUUUCUCUUGUGCCAACCCAGGCUGGCACUGCAUGAAAAUGGAAGUGAAGAGCUGGAAAGGAUAAAGGAGUCAAGGUGGGUGACGCCCAGUUCAUGGACCAAACAGAUGCCAAAGUCACUUCUGUGUGGCUUUUUCGCCCUCUCAACAUAAUUGGCUGGUUUCCCGAGGGCUGAUUGCAACGAGAUUUCCCCCAUUGUGUGUUAGGAAGGAGGCGCCUUCUUGUGAAAGAAGCUUGAAGCUGUGGGACUGGCAAAAAGAGGCAUCAUUUAGAUAUAAGAACCAGGAUCAGGCCAAAGGCCCAUCUGGUCUGGGAGUCUCACAGUGGCCAGCCGGAAACCUUUGGGAACCCCAUAGGCAAAACCCAGAGUACAACAACCGUCUCUCCAAUUGGAAUUCCCCGCACAAUACGGGGGCACAACGCCUCCAACACUGAGGUCAAACGUAGCCACUUGGAGCCAUUUCCCCUGUGUUAAAUGCCACACGUGUUUAUGUCUCUAAGAAGCUAUAACCUCCAGCCAUCUCCAUCAAGUGACUGUAGCAGUGUUCAAAAUUCAAAAGUGAAGGUGCCAAGAUGGCGCCUGACAUUGCCACCAUCUGGAGGUGCGUGCCUAGGGAUCAUUGGAUCUUGACUAUUUUCACACACUGAUACCAUAUCCUGCAGAAUUCUCUCCGUUAUAUUUUAUCUGCACAAUCGAACUGAAUUUCAGGAACCAGGAUGCUCUUUCUGUGCAGCUUGAGCAGGAACGAUGAACAACAUUAUAGUUAAUUGAUUUAGCUUGUCUUCAUUUGCCCUACCCAGCUGCCCUGCUCACAGUCGUGAAGAAUAUUCCUAAGUUAUGAAUGGCUUGUGUCACCAUUAAGCAAAAGAGGUUGGAAUAGGCCAUUAUAUAUGUGGACAGACCCUGGAUCAAGUGAUGUUUCUUCUUGAAGUUUUCAAAGCUCUUCACCUACCUCAAGGUUGUCCUCUGAACUAGCCAGAUGUUUAACUGAGGAUCAAUCACAGUCAGCCCAUCAUUUGAAAAAUGAGAAUUUAGAGCUGUCUUGCCCCAAAUGGCAACUGUUUUGGCAACUGUAACCUUGGUUUAAGGAGCCAUUCAGUGCCCAGCUUAUAUAUCUAAGUUUAUAACACUGGACUGUAGCCCCAAACAUUGAAAUGGGCCUGUGGGGGAAGGAUAUGUCAAUCCCUUUCCUUGCAGUUAACGUAAGAAGAUAAGGAAUAUUCUUCUGGAUCAGGCCAAAGGCCCAGCUGUUCUGGGAUCCUGACCAGAUGUUCCUAGGAAGCUCACAAGCAGAACCUCAGCACAACAGCCUUCGCGCCGCCUACAAUUCCUAGCAGAGUGGAAGUUGAACCUAGGCAUCUUGGUUGGUGGCCUUAUCAUCCAAGAAUGUGUCUAAUUCCCCUCUAAAGACAUUCCCGGUUGGCAGCCGCCACUACUUCCUGAGGAAAGUGAAUUCCAUAGAUACGUGAAACUGCUUGAGACAGAGUCGGACAACUGGUCCAUUUUGCCUGGUAUUGCCUAGAUGCCCUGAUUGGCAACCCAGAAGAUAGACAGACUCAUGCAGAGAUGUUGCUGUACGUAUAGGGGGCCCCAAGCCUCGAUUGCCUGCUGCAAACUGGUUUCGUUUACAGAUAAAACUGCGAAAGAGAAGGGGGCGGUUUUGCUGCUGUGUCCUGAGGGUGCAGAAUGUCUGCUUUCCAUUUAAAUUUCUCCAGAAUCCUUCUCGGAGCGUUAGAGGGAAGAGAGGGUGGCCAUUUAUUUCAUCUGACAGCAACAGACCCGCUGAGCUCAUGAAGAAUAAGGGCAUGCCAGCUCUCCCAUGUUCGGCUUAAAUUACCGGCGGGAAAAGAGCCUUUUAUCCAGCUAGCUGGUCUAAGCCUGUUACGAGGAGCCUGUACACUGAUAAGAUGCGAUAACCAUUGAUUUACUCAAACGGUUAACAUCUCGGAUGCUCAGCGCAUAAUUCUAAAAGCCUUUCAAUCCUCUUCAUUGUGAUGAAUGAGGCUCUGCCAGUUCCUGGCCCCGAUACGUUGUUCCAGGUCAAAACCAACAGCAGAAAAGACUUGCCAGGGAAUUUAUUUUUAUUCUGGAGCAGGAGAAGCAAAACGGAGUUGGCUCCGAGGUACCGCUUAGCACGGCUGUUUUUCACGUUGUUUACCAGGAGACAUGGGGGGGGGGUCCCCUCCAUCUGUCAGGCAGCAAACAUAUAAGUGAAAAAUCAGUUAGAUACACCUGUAAAAAAUAUUUGGAUAUAUUAUUGUUAUUGUUAUUAUACCACCCUUCAUCAUAGGGCAGUUUACAGUAUAAAAAUACAUAACAUAAUAGCAAACAAAACAAGAGCUCAUCCAUCCUAUGCACAGUUUAAAAGGCCUUAGAUUGUUUAAACAGCCAAAGGUUUGGGAGAAGAGGAACUAAUAAUAAUAAUAAUAAUAAUAAUAAUAAUAAUAAUUUAUUUAUUUAUACCCCACCCAUCUGGCUGGGUUUCCCCAGCCACUCUGGGCAGCUUCCAAUAAAGUAUUUAAAUGUAGUAGUCUGUUAAACAUUAAAAGCUGGCGCAUAAAGAUAUGUAAUGAAGGUGCUAGAGAGUCUUAUCUGGGGAGAGCAUCACAUAAACAUGGAGGCCCGUUCUUGUGCUGUCACCCUCUGGACCUCUCGUAGAGAAGGCACACCAAGAAGGGCCUCAGAUGAUGAUCCUUGAGGUACUGUGGGGUGUCCUUGAUUUAAAAAAUCAUUUUCUGCCCUUUAUAGCCCAGCUUUCUUCCGACAUGGAACCCAGGGCAGGGUACAUGUAGUUCCCAAGUGUCAUGCGUCCAGGCUUUGACCAGGCCAAGAUGUGCUAAGCCACAUUGGGGUGGGGGGGUGGCCACAUGCGUCUUAAGAGCAUAAUCUGGGGCCACAGAAGCUAGUGAAUCCCUAGUCUCUUUGUUGUUGUUGUUUAGUUGUUUAGUCGUGACCCCAUGGACCAGAGCACGCCAGGAGGCACUCCUGUCUUCCACUGCCUCCCGCAGUUUGGUCAAACUCAUGCUGGUAGCUUCGAGAACACUGUCCAACCAUCUCAUCCUCUGUCGUCUCCUUCUCCUUUUGCCCUCUAUCUUUCCCAACAUCAGGGUAUUUUCCAGGGAGUCUUCUCAUGAGAUGGCCAAAGUAUUGGAGCCUCAGCUUCAGGAUCUAUCCUUCCAGUGAGCACCCUAGUCUCUUAUUGCAGCCUAAUUAAAGGAAGGAGUUUCUGAAGCAAAGGACAAAAGCGUCCGGUCGGAUUUUGUUUUAAUAGGAAUGAACUUACGGGACAGGAUUCAUGCCUUGAUAUGUAUCGGCAGUGUUGUGCGUGGCUCCUUUCAUGUCAGCAGAAGACCCUUCCGCAUCUUACGACACUUAGGUAAAGUGCCAGCCUACGCCAAACCUUCCAGCCACCAAAUCUGGCAAAAUUAUGGGACUUUUAGAAAGUAACAAGUUAGACCUCUGGAAGAUGAUCUGGACCGUGCAUGACAAUGGGAGAAUGGAAGAGAUAGGAGAGGAAGCAGACUUACUCCAAGCGCCUUUUCUGCAGGGAGAAAACAAAGGCUGGACCACACAAUUGCAGCUGUGUGACUGGGGGCGAUGGGUGUUUGUAUGCGUAGGGGGCAGGUCUGCCUCUUGUCUUCUCUCCUGUCAAAGGAAAGACUUGGGAGGAAGCAGAGUAUCCGGGAGGGGCCAAGGAACUCAGCUGUUGCAAACAAAAUUCUUCAUUGGUUUUAAUUAAGCUGUCAACUUGAAAAUAACUGCGUUGCCAAGCAACAUGCUGACCAUUGUCUUCCGUUGACGCAAAGGCACAGAAAAUGAACUGCAGGCGUCAUGUUAAGACUGCGUACUGACAACCCUUCGAGGAAGACACCAAGUUUCGUAACCUGCACGCGACUUUUUGUUAUUAUCUAGGAAAUCUUUUAAGCAGGGCCUCAAGAUGAACAAAAUGUUACUGUUAGUGUCAGAUGCCAAAGUUUCUUUCCCUUCUCCUUCUGUUCAAUUUUAGAUUUCCUUUUUGCAAAUAUAUCUUAAAAAUAAAAAACCCACAACUUUAAGAUCCUUACUAGAGCAGGCCAGAGUCUCAUCAAGUGCAGGAUCCUGUUCCCACAGCUGCCAGACUAGCUCAGAUAGCUGCGCUGGUUAUACUGUGGUGCUCACAAUGCCAAGGUUGCAGGUUUGAUCCUGAUAAGGGACAGCUGCAUGUUCCUCCAUUGCAGGGGGUUGGACUAGAUGAUCCUCAGCAUAGCUGUCAAGUGUCCCUUAUUUGAAGGGACAGUCCCUUAUUCCAGCGCCAUGUCCCACUGCUGUCCCUUAUUGAUGGAUGUCCCUUAAAUGUCCCUUAAAUUUCAAAGGAAGCAGCUCCUCUCCCUCCCUCCCUGCUGGCCAGGGAGGAGGGAGACUCCAACUGUGUUGCUUGGCUGUGUUGCUCACCCAAUAAGAAGUCUAAGAACGACUGGGGGUUGGAGCAUGCAUGCCUUGUGUGUGGCUAGUUAAUGCAAGCUGAGGGGUUUUUUGAAUGCUGGAUGCCAUUUUGUUGCACGUGCUGCUGCAAAUUUUGCAGUGCAAAGCCAGGCCGGGGAGCCAUCUUAAGUUGAGGCUGCAUAGGCCUUGUGGUGCAUGUGAUUCAGAUUCUAUUCAGUUGAACCUCUGGUUACAAAGUUGGUUGGACAGUGUUCUCAAAGCUACUAGCAUGAGUUUGACCAGACUGCAGGAGGACAGGAAGACUGGAGUGUCUGGAACAGGUGAGGCUGCAGGUCCCUUAUUUUGGCUGCUGAUCCCUUAUUUUCAAGGCUGCUGGUCCCUUAUUUUCAAAUCUGUAAGUUGACAGCUAUGAUCCUCAGGGUCCCUUCCAACUCCAUGUUUCUAUGAGAUUCCUAUGGGAAGCCUGAAAAACCAGGACCCGAGUGCUGCAGCAGCACUCUCCAUGCUUGCAAUUCCAGAAACUGAUAUUCAGAAGCAUAUUGCCUCCAACGUAGGCCUGGUAGCCAUUGAGAGCGUUUAUCAUCCAUAAAUCUGUUUCACCCUCUUUCAAAGCUUUUCAUGUAGGUGGCAACUACGACCUCUUGUGGGAGCAAAUUCCCUCAUUUAACUAUGCAGUAUGUACCAUAUUUUUUGCACCAUAACACUCACUUUUUUCCUCCUAGAAAGUAAGGGGAAAUGUCUGUGCGUGUUAUGGAGCGAAUGCCUGCGAGUGGCAGGGGGGAUCUGCUGCAGUCAUGAGCAGAGGAUCCAUGGUUCCCCUUCCUUCCCUCCUCCGUGGUUACAAAGCAUGGAUCCGCAUGGAUCCUCAGGAUUUUUGCACUGGGCUACUCCAAACUCACUGUCAGAUCACAUGUCUGUGGCCACAGCAUGAACCACAAAAAUCAUAUAUCCACUAUUUCGUUUAGAAUAUUGUUUUUCUUGUUUUCCUCCUCUAAAAACUGUGCGUGUUAUGGUCUGGUGCGUGUUAUGGUCUGGUGCGUGUUAUAGAGCGAAAAAUACGGUAACUAAGUACUUUCUUUUGUCUGUCUUGGACCUUCAAAACUGUUAUGUACUGAAAUUCUCACCCUGGGCCAGCAGGGGGAUACUGUAGAUAGUUUUCACUCAGGUCCACAUAAGGAAUUGAAAGUGAUGUUCAGUGAUUGGAUAGUUACAGAAAGUGGUUACUGUUGCGUUGUAGUUGAGCUCUAGAUAAGCAGGUUGGCUGAACCCUUCAGCUCAGUUCUGUUCUGGCCUGUGAACAAACAAGAGCUGUCUGAAGAAUCACUGUGUCAUCUGAUAUGUUCACCCACAACUUAACAAAAACGGUGUUCAAAAUUAGCCAGGCGUCAAGCACAGUUUGCAUCUGACUAUUGGCUGCCUGUGACCAAGUGAAGAUGCCUAGGCACCAAGAUGGCUCCUGACAUCUCCACCAUCUGGAGAUACUUGCCUGGGGAUCAUUGCAUCUUGACUGUUUGUACACACUAAUACCACAUCCUGUAGAAUUCUAUCCGUUUUAUUCUAUCUCGGGCAAUUAUCUUGGAGCCUAGGGCUAAUUUCGAACACCGUUUUGAAGGUUCAAGACAGACAAAAGAAAGUACUUAGUCACACAUUGCAUAGUUAAAAGAUGGAAUUUGCUCUCACAAGAGGUCGUAGUUGCCACCUACACAAAAGGCUCUGAAAGAGGGUUGAACAGAUUCAUGGAUAUUUGCAUGCCUGAGCAGGAGAAUGGAACAACGUUCUAGUUCAUUGUUGUCGCUUGUCUUCAUUUACCCCACCCAGCUGCCCUGCUCACAGUUGUGAAGAAUAUCCCUACAUUAUAUGUCACCAAAAAAACGAAGAUCAUGGGCACUGGGCCUAUCACCUCCUGGCAAAUAGAAGGGGAAGAAAUGGAGGCAGUGAGAGAUUUUACUUUCUUGGGCUCCAUGAUCACUGCAAAUGGUGACAGCAGACACGAAAUUAAAAGACGCCUGCUUCUUGGGAGAAAAGCAAUGACAAACCUAGACAGCAUCUUAAAAAGCAGAGACAUCACCUUGCCAACAAAGGUCCGUAUAGUAAAAGCUAUGGUUUUCCCAGUAGUGAUGUAUGGAAGUGAGAGCUGGACCAUAAAGAAGGCUGAUCGCCGAAGAAUUGAUGCUUUUGAAUUCUGGUACUGGAGGAGACUCUUGAGAGUCCUAUGGACUGCAAGAAGAUCAAACGUAUCCAUUCUUAAGGAAAUCAGCCCUGAGUGCUCAUUCGUAGGGCAUCCCAUCUGGGCAUGGACCUGCCCAGAGUGGCUGGGGCAACCCAGUCAGAUGGGUGGGGUACAAAUUAUUAUUAUUAUUAUUAUUAUUAUUAUUAUUUGGAGUUGCUUGGCUGCUGCAUGAUCCAUACAGUGCAGAAGGUCUGUAGCUCAAUGACCUAGUGAAUGCCUUGCAUGCAAAAACCUGCCUGGCCUCUUCACUAGAGCUGGAAGAGAAACCUGCCCAGAACCCCAGAGAGCUGUUGCCAGUCAGUGCCGACAAUACUGGCCUAGAUGGACUCAUGUUCUAACUCUGUAUCUUCGGCUUCCUAUGUUCCUAUAGUCAAAUCUAUGAUUUUCCCAGUAGUGAUGUAAGGAAGUGAGAGCUGGACCAUAAAGAAGGCUGAUUGCCGAAGAAUGGAUGCUUUUGAAUUAUGGUGCUGGAGGAGACUCUUGAGAGUCCCAUGGACUGCAAGAAGAUCAAACCUCUCCAUUCUUAAGGAAAUCAGCCCUGAGUGCUCACUGGAAGGACAGAUCCUGAAGCUGAGGCUCCAAUACUUUGGCCACCUCAUGAGAAGAGAAGACUCCCUGGAAAAGACCCUGAUGCUGGGAAAGAUGGAGAGCACAAGGAGAAGGGGACGACAGAGGACGAGAUGGUUGGACAGUGUUCUCGAAGCUACAAACAUGAGUCUGACCAAACUGCGGGAGGCAGUGGAAGACAGGAGUGCUUGGCGUGCUCUGGUCCACAGGGUCACGAAGAGUCGGACACGACUAAACGACUAAACAACAACAACCCCUAAAUGGUAACUAGGCAUUCUUGUUUUGGCAACUGUAACCUUGGUUUAAGGAGCUACCGGUAUUUGGUGCCUAGCUUAUAUAUCUGAGGUUCUAACACUGCUUCAGACCUUCCACUUCACUGGGUGGCCCUAAGUUCCAGUGUGGAAACUUCCUCUGUGUUCCCGAAAGAUGCCUCUAAAAACAUUUUUGUAGUAUGCAAAAGAAUUUGAAUUUAGCUGUCUUAAGAAUGAAUUGAUGGGUGAGAUGGCAUGUUUUUAGUUUGCUGGAGGGGGCAGAGACCUUCAUGCAAAAAGCUUUUGCACAACUGGUCCAGACAAGGGCACCAGCAUUAAUACAUUCUUAAGAAAUAUUGUCCCGAUCUUAAGUCUAUGGAGUCUCCUGGUCAAAUCCCAAAGCUUGUCUAAAACACAACCCAAAGAAGCAGAGGAUAUCACAUCUGAUCUUCUUGCAGGACUGCCAUUCAGCAUUAGCAGGGCUAUCAGAUGUCCUGUAUUUAUUUAUUUUUUUCAGCCUUUGGAGCGACAGCUCACAGCCAGGCUUGUUGGCAGCACUGCCCUGUUACAUAUGCCCACAACAUGCCUGCUUUAGCUAUUAAUAACGCUGCAUUGCCUUGCUUUAUGCCGUGGGCUGGUUCUUACUCAAAUGCUGGGCAGGCGCAGGGCAGUGUUAGAACAUGCCUCAGAGACCAGGGUUUGGGCAUGUUGCAUCCCUUAAUAUGUACACCCUGUACAUCUUGCCGCACACAAAGGUCUGAGCAUGCUAGUUGUGGGUCAGUUGGAGCUGACCUUUUGUCUUGCACUGGACUGAUCUCCCAGUGUCAAUCAUAGGUAAAGGUAAAGGGACCCCUGACCAUUAGGUCCAGUCGUGGGCGACUCUGGGGUUGCGGCGCUCAUCUCGCUUCACUGGCCGAGGGAGCCGGCAUACAGCUUCUGGGUCAUGUGGCCAGCAUGACUAAGCCGUUUCUGGCGAACCAGAGCAGCACACGGAAAUGCUGUUUACCUCCCCACCGGAGUGGUACCUAUUUAUCUACUUGUACUUUGACGUGCUUUCGAACUGCUAGGUUGGCAGGAGCAGGGACUGAGCAACGGGAGCUCACCCCGUCGCGGGGACUCGAACCGCUGACCUUCUGAUCAGCAAGUCCUAGGCUCUGUGGUUUAACCCACAGCACCACCCGCGUCCAAUCAUAGACCAUGGCAAAUUGUCACAGAUGCACCAUGCCAGUCUAGGCCAACCCAAUGCACUCUAAAUGCACGGCUAUGUUGCCUGGAGUUAAUGGGAGUUGUAGUCCCAAAUACCUGCAGUGUGCCAGGUUGGGGAAUGCUCAUAUUCCUUAGAAUUAUAGAGUUGGAAGGGACCCUGAGGAUCAUCUAGUCCAACCCCCUGCAAUGCAGGAAUCUCAGCUAAAGCAUUUAUGUCCAUCCCACCAAUGCAGCAGCUGACAGCAUUGCAUGUGGAAUUUAGGCAGGAGCAAGAGGAAGCUGCUUUUUCCCCUUGUUUUGCUGUUUCCUCAGUGCUGGCCUCAUCUGAUAUCAGAAUGUUCCACAAAACGUUGGGGAUAAGGAUGCAAAGAAGGUGCGUGUGUGUGUGUGCGCGCACACACACACGCACGCAAAGUUUGAUUCAAGGGACAAGGCAGUGAGGGGCUGUCAUCCCAAAUAACGAAGCAAAGCCUGUUUGCCAGCAUUUGGUGGCGAAGAAAGGAACAUAGCAGAGAAUGCAGCUUAAAGGCAAGAGCAAUUAAUUUGCCUGUUUUAAAAUACUCUCUUGAGUUGAAAUCACAUGCUCGUGACUCACCAAGUCACAAUACAUGCAACAAUAGCCUUCAUGUAAGGAAGUUAAGUUUAGACAGGUCUCAUGAUACGUAAUCUCUUAGGCGGCUUGUGGGCGCAAAAUACCGCCGGCAUGCAACUCCUUGUUAGUGGGAUUUGCGCCGGCAGCCAAUCUGCGACUGGGCCAAGUUCAAGGUUACGGUACUAAUACAUAAGGCCUUCUGCAGCUCAGGAGCAGGUUACUUGAGAUACGGCCUUAUUCACUUCUGUGGGAGAAAGUUAAGCAAAGAAGAUGCAAUCAGGAAUGCCAUUGGAGAGGUCUUUCAAAUUGCUACUUCUCCCCUGGUGGUCCUCAGUUAUCACAGCUAUUAAGAAUCAACCCUAGGCUGGGCUGCACAGUUCUACCAGUUUUAACCUGCGUAGCCCUGCCCUCGAGUUUUGCUUCUUGGUCACACUCGAGUGUAACGGAAUGUUUGCUUAUGACAGUCAAACUUGCAUUUUUCAGAGCUUUCCCAGGAAGAAAACCCUGCAGGCAGCCGUCUCCCUCCUUUUCCGUGGGAGAGCAAUCAGCAGCGGCUGUGUUUCACCUGAGCAAAUGUCAAGGGCUGACAUUCUUGAUUUAGAAGCCCUUUCUUUACCCGGCUGAAUGGAUUCUGGGGAAUUCUGAGCCAAACCCAAUUGUGCAGGUUUCAGCUCUGUGUGGAGUAACAAGAAAAGUGUGGGGAGGGAGAGAAAGACUGGCAGGGCUCUGGCGAGUGUGUGACAGAGGAGAGGGGGGCGGCGAUUUAUGGGGUUUUGCGCCACACGCAAAUCCAGAAGCCAAGGGAAGGGUCUGAGCAGUCAGAGAUGGACAUGAGGGCACAGAAAGGAUGGGAGGCAGAGGAAGAGGCUGUGCAGGCAAGGGGCAGGCCAGUCAAACCCUCGACAUCUCCAGCCUCACUGUCUCCCAGAACCAGGAGGGGCAACUUCCAUGCAGGAGAAGUCUCAUGUGGUAUAUUCAUACUCCAUCAGAUGAGUGUACAGUGGUACCUUGGGUUAAAUACUUAAUUCGUUCCGGAGGUCUGUUCUUAACCUGAAGCACCACUUUAGCUAAUGGGGCCUCCCACUGCCACCGCGCGAUUUCUGUUCUCAUCCUGAAGCAAAGUUCUUAACCCGGGGUACUAUUUCUGGGUUAGUGGAGUCUGUAACCUGAAGCAUCUGUAACCCAAGGUAAAGGGACCCCUGACAGUUAGGUCCAGUCGUGACCGACUCUGGGGUUGUGGCGCUCAUCUCACUUUAUUGGCCGAGGGGGCCAGCGUACAGCUUCCGGGUCAUGUGGCCAGCAUGACUAAGCCGCUUCUGGCAAACCAGAGCAGCGCACAGAAACGCCAUUUACCUUCCCGCCGGAGCGGUACCUAUUUAUCUACUUGCACUUUGACGUUCUUUCGAACAGCUAGGUUGGCAGGAGCUGGGACCGAACAACGGGAGCUCACCCCGUCACGGGGAUUCGAACCGCCAACCUUCCGAUCUGCAAGCCCUAGGCUCUGUGGUUUAGACCACAGCACCACCUGAGGUACCACUGCACAUAAGCCUAGGAGUGUGUGGUCCCACAGAUUUCUUGAUGGCUGCGCUGGGCAUGAAACUGGAAAGCAGCCAUGUAGAUUCCAGAAACCCUGGAUAGCUCAGUUGCUAGAGCUUGAGAGUCUUGGGUUAAAGCCCCACUUUGGGCAAAAGAUUCUUGCAUUUCAGGAGGUUGGACUAGAUGAGCCUCGCGGUCCUUUCCAUCUCUGUCUACAGUUUUGUGAUUCUGUGGGUGUGCAUCCGGUGUACCUUAGGAGCUGCUGUUAAGUGUGUGCUUUUGUCAAUAAAGAAUUAACUGUCUGCUGUUUGCCUUCCUGGGCUGGGUAUGCACAGGACCGGAGUGGGGUGGGAUUGGGCAGGCAGAACAGGCUGUGCACCUGUGAUUUAUGGACUGUGGCCACCUCUGGUCCUCUCUCACGAAACACAGUGACGCACAGACUCAAGAGGAGUGGCCUUCCCACAUCUUCCAGAUGUUAUUUGGCUUGACCUGGUGAAAUUCCUUUCGCAGCCACAUUUUUCAAGUUUAGGCUCAAGCCCAGUGGUGAUUUGUCUUGCGAGGGCCAUUUAAAAGGGAUGGGGAGCGGGGAGAGAAAGCUCUUUGCACACCUGGAUUAAAUCAAGCUCUUUCCAGUAUGUCUGCGAGUUACUAAGGAAAUUAGAGAAAUGGAAAGUUGCAUGGUUUCCAACAGUGCUGCCUGGGAAUAGCUUUAAGCACCAGCCUUGGUCAUGGAAUAUGAGUGAAGUUGUGAAUUGGGGGAGAAGCAGGAUUGGACUUGCUGCGCCCCACUGGUCCACACUUUCAUCCAAAGUCGUGAGCGGAAUCGACUUUGAGAGAGGGCAGAGGGCUGCUGGGCAAUAUCCAAGUCCUGUAUGUGUUGCAGGAACAGGGGAACUGUGGGCAAAGUUUUGACUUCCCCCACCUUACCUGUUGUUGCUGAUGGCAGCAGCUGCUGCGUACAUCUCUCAUUCCAGGUAUGGUGAGCAAAUGUCUUUUUUUUUUUAAAUAAUAUUUAUUACUUUUUCAACAAUUUAAACACAUAAAAAAAAGAAAAAAGAACAAUACAAUGCAGUACAAAAGCACUACAUAACACAUUAAACUAACAAAACAAAACAAAAACAGUUUUAAAAAAAUCAAACAAUUUCAAUAUCUUAUCUUUCAUUCACUUAUUUCCGUGGCCGCCUCACACCUCCCUUUUUGUAUUCCACUUCUGUUGAUUGUUUCAGCAAUUCCUUUCCAUCUUCCUCUGCUUUCUAUCCUUUAAUUAUCUUAACAGAUUCUAGCCUUAUUUUUCCUUUUAAUACUCUAUUAAUCUAUUUAUACUUAAUUCCUUAUAACAUUUCUACUAAAGCCAUAUAACUUCAUUCCAACAUUUUUCUAACAUUCAUUAAUUUUACAAUAUUUCUGUAAAUAGUCUUUAAACUUUUCCCAGUCUUCUUCCACCGACUCUUCUCCCUGGUCUCGAAUUCUGCCAGUCAUUUCCGCCAAUUCCAUAUAGUCCAUCAACUUCAUCUGCCAUUCUUCCCGAGUGGGUAAAUCUUGUGUCUUCCAAUACUUCGCGAUGAGUAUUCUUGCUGCUGUUGUUCCAUACAUAAAAAAAGUUCUAUCCUUCUUUGACACCAAUUGGCCAACCAUGCCCAGGAGAAAGGCCUCUGGUUUCUUCAGAAAGGUAUAUUUAAAUACCUUUUUCAUUUCGUUAUAGAUCAUCUCCCAGAAUGUCUUAAUCCUUGGGCAUGUCCACCAAAGGUGAAAGAAUGUACCUUCAGUCUCAUUACAUUUCCAACAUUUAUUGUCGGGCAAAUGAUAAAUUUUUGCAAGCUUGACUGGUGUCAUAUACCACCUACAAAUCAUUUUCAUUAAAUUUUCUCUUAGGACAUUACAUGCCGUGAAUUUUAUACCUGUGGUCCAUAACUGUUCCCAGUCAGCCAUCAUUAUGUUAUGUCCAACAUCUUGUGCCCGUUUAAUCAUAGCUGAUUUCACCAUUUCAUCCUGAAUAUUCCAUAUCAACAGCAAGUUAUACAUUCUUGACAGAUUCUUAAUUUUUGGAUCUAACAAUAGCAAAUGUUGGUUCUUACCAUGUUAAGUGACUUCUCUGUAGGGAGAAUUGGGAUCCUUGAUGUGGCUCAGAGAUUGGUGGACUCUCUUGGGAUCCAGAAUGGCCCUCCAUUUCCCUGAUUUUUUUGGGACCAUAAAGAGAAUAGAGUAGCGGCCAAAGCAUUGCUGUGGUUGUGGCACAGGCUCUAUUGCGCUGAUCUCCAGCAGAUGCUGGAUUGCUUAAAGCAUCAGGUGGUGUUUCUUGGGGUCUCUAGCAUUGGAUGAGCCCCUGUAGGGACAAAAGGAAGAAUAGUUUUCCUUGUGACUCUCUCUCUAAUAAUAAUAAUAAUUAUUUAUUAUUUAUUCCACAGCCACUCUGGGUGGCAUCCAACAAAGUGUUAAAAUACAGUAGUCUGUUAAACAUUAAAAGCUUCCCUAAAGAGGGCUGCCUUCAGAUGUCUUCUAAAAGUCUGGUAGUUGUUCUUCUCUUUGACAUCUGGUGGGAGGGUGUUCCACAGGGCGGGUGCCACUACCGAGAAGGCCCUCUGCCUGGUUCCCUGUAUCAUGGCUUCUCACAGUGAGGGAACCACCAGAAGGCCCUUGGCGCUGGACCUCAGUGGCCGGGCAGAACGAUGUGGGUGGAGACGCUCCUUCAGGUAUACUGGACCGAGGCCGUUUAGGGUUUUAAAGGUCAGCACCAACACUUUGAAUUGUGCUCAGAAACGUACUGGGAGCCAAUGUAGGUCUUUCAAGACCAGUGUUAUGUGGUCUCGGCGGCCGUCACCAGUCUAGCUGCCGCAUUCUGGAUUAGUUGUAGUUUCCGGGUCACCUUCAAAGGUAGCCUCACGUAGAGCGCAUUGCAGUGCCUUCUUUUUGUCCCUGGUCUCUACCAGUGCAUCUGAAACAGCUUGCCCCCCCUUGAAGGGCUCGCUGGCCAGGCUGGUCUUGGCUUUGGCUUCUGACUGCCACUGUUUAAACCAGAGCUGCCUGCGCACUCCUACAUCUGCUGCCAUGGCCCUUGCUGCAAAUUGCAAAGCAUCUGAUGAGGCCUCGGCCACAUAAUUCAGCCCCCUGCGAUGCAGGAAUCUUUUGCCGAAUGUGGGGUUCAAACACACAACCCUGACAUUAUCAUGCUCUACCUACUGAGCUAUCCCAGUAGACAGCACAGCCUGAGCUAGAUGAACAAACUACAGCCUUGUACGUCCAUCUGUUUUCGUGUGGGAGCCUUGCUGUGGCUGCUCCCCUCCAUUUAUUCCAGAGUUCCACUUCUGCUUGUUAUGAAUACUCUUCUGUUGGUAAGUGCUACCAAUUGUGCCUUAAUGUAACGGGUAGAUUUCACGAAAUGCAGGCAAACUAUAAUUUCAAAAACACAGAUUAUAUCCUGAAUAUGUUGCAGAAAACCCAGCCGACCGGUGGCUCAGCCUGCAAGAGAGCGUAGGCUUUAUUAUGUUGAAAAGGCCUCUUUGGAAAUUUCUCAACACAUGAAUCCCAUGUUGGGAGCAGCAGAAACGUUUAAUUUCCAUUGAUUUGAAGCUGUGGGGGGGUUGGGAAAUGAAACCCGCGCCCUCCCAUUAAAUGGAAAGAUCCCUGAAACUCAAUGUUGAAGUUUCUCCUUCUCUCUUGUGUUUUCCAGGUAGAAAAAAAGGAGUUUCAGCAUCGUAACGUGGACGAGGCUUUUGACUGCCAGCUGCCUGGAACGACAACCUUUGAGUGA